GGUCGUUCAUGAUGGUGAACUCGUCCCAGCAUGCCGCGGGGCAGCGGGCCCACCUCCUCCUCCAUUCGCUGAGUGAGAACGACACACACUGCAUCCAGUUCAGCUACUUCCUGUACAGCCGUGACGGCCAUUCCCCCGGGGACCUGCAGCUCUACAUCCGGGUCAAUGGGGGGCCGCGGGGCAGCGCCGUCUGGAACGUCUCCGGGUCACACGGACGCCAGUGGCACCAGGUGGAGCUAGCCGUCAGCACAUUCUGGCCCAGCGAAUACCAGGUGUGCGCUAAUGAUAUAUCUGUUGUGUUAACACAUACAGUAUGCUAAUUCUAUGUCUAAUGCUACGCUGUUAGCACCUUCUGGCCCAGCAAAUACCAGGGGAGAGACAAUGCUAUGCUAAUGCUACACUGACAGUAAUAUGGCUCUAUAACCAGGUGAGGGUUAGGGUGAGUGGCACCAGGUGGAGCUAGGGUUGGGCGGUAUCCAGAUUUUCAAAUCGUCAUACCGUCCUUCUCUCACCCCGGGAUUUACGGUAUUACUGGCUUAGUACACAAGGUGGUGCCAAAAAUAGCAAAAAAGCCCAUUGGCGUCGAUUACCAGAAUACUAACAAAAUGAGCACGUAAUAGCGAAUUACCAUGGAGGCUGCUAGCCAAAUAUGCUACCGAGCGCAAACGAAAAUAGACAAAUUGCAAAGACAGGCAAUCCAGCUCAUAAAGUUAUACAUAUAUAGGUAGGAGCUACCAAAUGUCAUUUUUGGUGAGUUUGGACAUUUACAAGUGAAUGUGAACGAGAGACAUUGUGGAUAUUAGCAAAGUUUUGACGCAUGCUUGUCUGAAGGAAGUACAGUACUGGCUCUCCAGCAGCAUGUCUACACCGUGUCUGUGUGGAGUCUGGAGUCGCUAGGGCAACGGGCCUGCCUGCUUUGCUUGGAGAAGAGGGGGGAGGAGCAGACAGGCGGAGAACAGAGAGGAGAAAAAACGCAAGGAAAUCAAGAUGGCAGCUGGACAGAUAACUCAUCCAAAGGGCUUUGACUUCUCAAACACGGAUGAAAACUAACACUAUAUGAUGCCCCUUCAUCUUAUUAAUUCCGCCACUUACAUAUAUAGCAAGUUAAACUUAGGGAAUUCUGCGUUUUUCCCGCAGGAAAAAAUAUAAAACUCAUAAGAAAUAUCUUGCUGCGUUUCGUAAACAGAUUUAAAAUGCUUGUUAUUGUAAUUUCUGCUCGGCAUCAGACAUAUUUUGUGCUUCAGUUGCACUUCUAAACUCGGAUGAGAAUUCACAAACAGGCAUUCUAUCAGCAGACAGCACUCUGACUGAUGUGUAGCUGUCACGCCCUGACUCUGAGGACUUGUAUUUGUUGAGUCAGGGUGUGUAUUUUCUGUGUUGUGUUUGCUAUGUCGAUUUUCUAUGGUUAGAUCUAGUAUGUAUAGAUCUAUGUUGGCCUGAGUGGUUCCCAAUCAGAGGCAGCUGUUGCUCGUUGUCUCUGAUUGGGGUCCAUACUUAGGCAGCCUUUUGGCACCUCUUAGUUGUGGGAUCUUGUUCCGUUUGAGGUAUGUUAUUUGUCUACCUUGGACUUCACGUUUCGUUUGUUAUUUUUGUCGUGUUGUUUAUUCGUUAAUAAACAUGUAUGCUUAUCACGCUGCGCCUUGGUCCGUCUCGUCCGUAAACGACCGUGACAGAAGAUCCCACCAAAAUAGGACCAAGCAGCGUGUCCAGGAGCAGACAGCCUGGACCUGGGAGGAGAUCCUGGACGGGAAGGGAUCCUGGACUUGGGAGGAGAUUCAGGCCGGGAUGGAUCGCCGUCCUUGGGAGAAGACAGUGGAGGCGCGAUAUAGAGAGGAGCAGCGGCAACACGAACGGCGCCAACAGUGCCGACGACGGAGACCCGAGAGGCAACCCCAAGAACAUUUUUUGGGGGGGCACACGGUGUGGACGACGAGGCAGCAGGAGGCAGCGACAGGGCGAUUCUGCAGGUUAGGAGAGGAGGCCACCAGGUUACGGGGCGAAGGAGAGUGUAGAGGCACGGCGAGAGGAGCUGGUUAGGCAGCAGAAGGAGCGGGGGUUUAUAAGGGAACCCAGUCCCGCUCCUCGCACCAAGCAAGUGGUGCGUGUCGCCAGUCCGGUCCGGCCCGUUCCUGAUCCCCGCACUAAGCCAGUGGUGCGUGUUCCCAGUACGGCCCGACCCAUUCCUGCUUCCCGCACAAGGCCAGUGGUGUGUGUUCCCAGUACGGUCCGGCCCGUUCCUGCUCCCCGCACUAAGCCAGUGGUGCGUGUUCCCAGUACGGCCCGACCCGUUCCUGCUCCCGGCACUAAGCCAGUGGUGCGCGUCGCCAGCCCGGUCCGGCCUGUUCCUGACCCUCGCACCAAUCCUGUGGUGCGCGUCGCCAGCCCGGCCCGGCCUGUUCCUGCUCCUCGCACCAAACCUGUGGUGCGCGUCGCCAGCCCGGCCCGGCCUGUUCCUGCCCCUCGCACCAAACCGGUGUUGCGUGUCGCCAGCCCGAUCCGGCCCGUUCCUGUCCCUCGCACCAAGCCAGUGGUGCGCGUCGCCAGCCCGGCCCGGCCUGUUCCUGCCCCUCGCACCAAGCCAGUGGUGCGCGUCGCCAACCCGGCCCGGCCUGUUCCUGCUCCCCGCACCGGGCCAGUGGUGCGCGUCGCCAGUCCGGUGUGGCACGUUCCUGCUCCCCGCACCGGGCCGCUGGUGCGCGUCAUCAGCCCGGUCCGGCCCGUUCCUGCUCCCCGCACCAAGCCAGUGGUGCGUGUCGCCAGCCCGGCCCGGCCUGUUCCUGCCCCUCGCACCAAGCCAGUGGUGCGCGUCGCCAGCCCGGCCCGGCCUGUUCCUGCUCCCCGCACCAGGCCAGUGAUGCGCGUCGCCAGUCCGGUGCGGCCCGUUCCUGCUCCCCGCACCGGGCCGCUGGUGCGCGUCAUCAGCCCGGUCCGGCCCGUUCCUGCUCCCCGCACCAAGCCAGUGGUGCGUGUGUCCAGUCCGGCACGGCCCGUGCCUGUUCCACCGGUGCCUGGUCUGGCACCAGUCAGCUGCUCCACUCCGGAGCCAGAGCAAUCCGCUCCACCGGGGUCAGGUCCAACUCCGGUCAGCAGAUCCCCUCCGGAGCCAGAGCAAUCCGCUCCACCGGGGUCCAGUCCAGCUCCGGUCAGCGGCUCCACUCCGGAGCCAGAGACGUCCGCUCCACCGGUGCCUGAUCCAGCUCCGGUCAGCGGCUCCACUCCGGAGCCAGAGCGGUUCGAUCCACCGCCGUCGUGUCCAGCUCCAGUCAGUGGUUAUAGUCCAGACCCAGACGUCAGCCCCUCUCCAGGUUCGGGGUCUCCCACACCAGGGUCCAGACAGGGCUUGGUACGUCGUGGGAGGAAGGAGAGGGGAAGCAGCGCGCCGAGGUCCAGACCAGACCAGGGGCGCAACAGGGAGGUGGAGAGUAAGUGGUGGUCACGCCCGGAGCCGGAUCCGCCUCCAAGGCGGAAUGCCCACCUGGCCCCUACCCUGUUAUGUUUAUGUGGCGCAGUCGGAGUCCGCACCUUUGGGGGGGGGGGGUACUGUCACGCCCUGAAUCUGAGGACUUGUAUUUGUUGAGUCAGGGUGUGUAUUUUCUGUGUUGUGUUUGCUAUGUCGAUUUUCUAUGGUUAGAUCUAGUAUGUAUAGAUCUAUGUUGGCCUGAGUGGUUCCCAAUCAGAGGCAGCUUUUGCUCGUUGUCUCUGAUUGGGGACCAUACUUAGGCAGCCUUUUGCCACCUGUUAGUUGUGGGAUCUUGUUCCGUGUGAAGUAUUGUUGUGUGUAUGCUACCUUGGACUUCACGUUUCGUUUGUUGUUUUGUCGUGAGUUUAGUCGUCAAUAAACAUGAAUGCAUUUCACGCUGCGCCUUGGUCCGUCUCGUCCGUAAACGAUCGUGACAGAAGAUCCCACCAAUCCUGGAUCAAGCAGCGUGACUAGGAGAGAGGAUGGACUUGGGAGGAGAUGAGGGAGAGUCUGGCAAGGGGGAUGGAGGCCAUGAUGACGGUGGAGAGACAAGCCCAAAAACAUUUUUCGGGGGGGCUCACGCCAUGGACAACGAGGCAGCAGGAGGCUGCGAUAGAGCGGUUCAGCCGUUUAGCAGAGGAGGCCGCCAGAUUAAGGGGGUCAUUGGUUCAGAGGGAACAGAAGGAAAGUGUAGAGGCACGGCGAGAGGAGCUGGUUAGGCAGCAGAAGGAGCGGGGGUUAAUGAAGGAACCCAGUCCCGCUCCUCGCACCAAUCAAGUGGUGCGUGUCGUCAGUCCAGUCCGGCCCGUUCCUGAUUCCCGCACUAAGCCAGUGGUGCGCAUCGCCAGCCCGGUCCGGCCCGUUCCUGCUCCUCGCAUCAAGCCAGUGGUGCGCCUCGCCAGCCCGGUCCGGCCUGUUCCUGAUUCCCGCUCUAAGCCAGUGGUGCGCGUCGUCAGCCCAGUCCGGCCCGUUCCUGCUCCCCGCACCAGGCCAGUGGUGCGCGUCGCCAGUCCGGUACGGCCCAUUCCUGCUCCCCGCACCAAGCCAGUGGUGCGCGUCGUCAGCCCAGUCCGUCCCGUUCCUGCUCCCCGCACCAAGCCAGGGGUGCGCGUCGUCAGCCCAGUCCGGCCCGUUCCUGCUCCCCGCACCAAGCCAGUGGUGCGUGUGUCCAGUCCGGCACGUUCCGUGCCUGUUCCACCGGUGCCUGGUCCGGCACCGGUCAGCUGCUCCACUCCGGAGCCAGAGCAAUCCGCUCCACCGUGGUCCAGUCCAGCUCCGGUCAGCGGCUCCACUCCGGAGCCAGAGCAGUCCGCUCCACCGGUGCCUGAUCCAGUUCCGGUCAGCAGCUCCACCCCAGACCCAGACGUCAGCCCCUCUCCAGGUUCGGGGUCUCCCACACCAGGGUCCAGACAGGGAGUGGUACUUCGUGGGAGGAAGGAGAGAGGAAGCAGCGCGCCAAGGUCCAGACCAGACCAGGGGCGCAACGGGGAGGUGGAGAGUAAGUGGUGGUCACACCCGGAGCCGGAUCCGCCUCCGAGGCGGAAUGCCCACCCUGCCCCUACCCUGUUAGGUUUAUGUGGCGCGGUCGGAGUCCGCACCUUUGGGGGGGGGGGGGGGGGGUGGGGUACUGUCACGCCCUGACUCAAGGGACUUGUAUUUGUUGAGUCAGGGUGUGUAUUUUCUGUGUUGGGUUUGGCUAUGUUGAAUGUUAGAUUCUAGUAUGGGUAGAUCUAUGUUGGCCUGUGUGGUUCCCAAUCAGAGGCAGCUGUUGCUCGUUGUCUCUGAUUGGGGACCAUACUUAGGCAGCCUGUUGGCACCAGUUAGUUGUGGGAUCUUGUUCCGUGUAAGGUAUUGUUGUGUGUAUGCUACCUUGGACGUCACGUUUCGUUUGUUGUUCUGUCGUGUGUUUAGUCGUCAAUAAACAUGAAUGCAUAUCACGCUGCGCUUUGGUCCGUCUCGUCCGUAAACGAUCGUGACAGUAGCUACUUUUCUCUGGUACUUUUCUCAGUGUAGCCAGCCUAUUUUACUCUCUAUUUUACAUUCUUUCUAUGAUAGGCCUAAACAUUAGAAAUAUGAUGGCCAUGCAUCGCUUUUGCAAAAAAAGGCCUUGGUUUUUCAUUGUAAGCUCAUUUACUUGUGUGGCUGCCAGCCAAAUAGCAUUGCUCUUCUGUUGUCAUUUGAAUGAAAAUGAAUCUAUUUUCUGCCGAAUGUGUUGCACUACUGUAUUUUCUGUGAAGGAAAACUAUAGUUGCACGUCCCUGAACAAUCUACUGAAGCAAAAAAACACGGUUGACUUUCGAUAUAAAAUGUGGCCCCUGUCAAUACACAGCUGGACUCACCUGCUCCCGCUUUCUCCCGUUGUGCUAUUUACAAACAAACACGUGACUGGCUCAGCUGUUCUGGAGAUCUACUUAAGCUUCAUAAUGUUAAAUAAUGUGACAGGUUAAAUGAAGAAUGCGAUCUGAUUUAUCUCCUAAAGCAUUGCACAAGUUGACUGCAGGUAUUUACUUAAAGAAUAGCUACAAAUGUUUAAAUGUAUUGAACAACUUAAAAUAAAUAGUUUCAACUGUAUUGACAAACCAUCUCGUGGCUAUUUCCAAACACUCUGGUAUACAGUAUACCGCCCAAGCGGAGCUAGCCGUUAGCACCUUCUGGCCCAGUGAAUACCAGGUGAGCGCUAACUGACUGAUCGUUGAUUGAAAGGGAUACCUAGUCAGUUGCACAACUGAAUGCAUUCAACCGAAAUGUGUCUUCCGCAUUUAACCCAACCCCUCUAAAUCAGAGAGGUGCUGGGGGCUGCCUUGAUCAACAUCUUCGGCACAGUUGUUGUUUGGAGUUAACUGCCUUGCUCAAGGGCAGAAUGGCAGAUUCUUCCACCUUGCCAGCUCAGGGAUUAGAACCAGCAACAUUGCAGUUAUUGGCCCAAUGCGCUUAACCACUAGGCUACCUGGUUGGUUGAUUGAUUAAGAACAAAACAUUGGCUUUUAGAGCCGUUGCACCUAUGUUCUAUACUGCAGCUGAGAAACUAUGCCAGAGACGGGCCGCUAGUGGGCCACCACAUGCUUGCUAGCUGGGAAACAUCAAGCCCUUGAUUAGUUUAAUCUGUUGCUGGAAUAGAGCAAAUAUGUGCAAACUACCAGUUGGUUCCAGAGGACCGGGUAGGGAAACACUGCUGCACUAUGUCAUAGUGACAACAUGGGAGUAUAAAUGUGGUAUAUUAGUGUAUUUGUUGUAUGUUUACCUGUAUGGCUUAAUGUUCCCCAGUGCAGCAGAGUUAUCAAUAUCUCUUUGUUCUGCCCUGUGUUUAGUUGAUGGUGUUGUUAUGGUUAUUGUGUGUGUGUGUGUGUGUGUGUGUGUGUGUGUGUGUGUGUGGUGGGCUAUUUGGAGGCAGCCUCAUUAAAUCCUAUGAUUAAUACCUCUAGCCGUCUCUCGUUUGCCCUCCUCCAAAACGCUCUUUAACGAGAAGCCAGUAGCUGUGUGUGUCUGUGUGCCUGUGUGUCAAUGGCAGCAGUAAAGGAUUGUGGGGGUGAGUGUGGGUCGGCUGAACAGUCAAUUGACCUCAAUUCCGCGUGACCCUCAGUAGAGGAGUGUUUGCCUCCAUAACCUUGGUCUCCUAUCAGAGCUCCAAGCCUGGUCCCAGCCUGGUCUCAAUAAAUCAACACAUCCUUAAUGAGAUUAGGCCCCGGUGUGGAUCAAUGCUGUGUGUGUGGCAGUAUCCUCAGCUCUGAUGUCCCAGGCCUCGCCAACAACACAACACAACCCCAAGGUGAUUAAGAGUUAAUGAUUUUCAUCCUCUCUUCUGCAACAACAUCAAAAGGUUCUCUCGCCACCGCUACAGUCUCCCACCUUUUUCACACGGUGGAAGAGGGUGUGUGUGUGUGUUACCAUUAAAGGGAAAGGGGAUAUGGGAUACGGGGGUGUUGGUAUCCAAUAUCCAAUCUGAUCAAGCUUUGCCUGGGCUGGUGGUUUGGUGAAAGUAGAACUGUGUUUGUUGCUUCUGUCUGAAAACAGCAGUUCAAUUUACCACCCUGAUAAUAUGUGUGUACGCUGAAGCAGCCUGGGUGUGGUGUGUUAUAUAAGUGGAAAUGAAGACCUGUGGGUGGGUGUGACGUCUUAAGUCUUCCCCCUGGGUACGCAGAGAGACACGGGACAGCCCGCUUUGUUGGUCCCAUAGACCAGUAAGAGGUUCUGCUGCAGGUAAUGAGGCAGGUAAAAGACUGAGAGGAUGACUGGUGCAGGGUUUUAAUCCUGUCCUGCAGGGAUGUGUCUCUGACUGCACUGUGAAGAGGGGGACAGAACAGAAUAGAAUAGAACACAGCCUGGGGCGGGGCACACUGCCUGCCUGCCUGCCUCUCACUGCCUCCCAUUUUCUCUCCUCUCUCCCCCUUUCUCCCCUCUAGUCCUCUCCCCCUCUCUCUUCUACUCUUUCCCCCUCUCCCUCUGUCUUCCUUUCCCUUUCUCUUCUCUCUCUGUCACGGCUCAAAGUGCUAGUGAAGGCCCCAGAGGGCCCAUUCAUCCAAUCCCACAGAUAAGGAUCACUGUCCAGCAGUCCCAGCCAACAGAUCGGCCCCGCGGGACCCUGACAAACAGCCAGGAACAGACAGACAGAGAAGAGAGAAGAAAGAGGAGAGAGAGAGAAGAACAGAGAACGGGACUGCUUCACAGGGCUUUAAAAGAGAGAGGGGGAGAGCAAGAGAUCGAUAGAGAGAGAGAGGGCGAGAGAGAGAGGGAGAGGGAGUGAGAGAGCGAGAGGGUGUUGAGAUGGAGAUCAGGUAUCCCUGAGAGGCCCCCAGGGGCCAGAAGGACACAAACUGGAGGAGAGAGAUAGACUACGUGCUCUGUAGCUGGAGAUUGAUCAGAGACUGAGCUAGCUAUAGCCCCCCACAGCAAUCAUAAAGAGGAGAGCAGUCAGUGAAGUGCCAUUACCAUUCAUUGUCUCUGCCUCAAGCAAUAGUAGACUAUUCAGAUGUGUCUUGUCGACUACAGUGUAGGUGAGAAGCUUGUUACUUUGGUAUCAGUGGCAGGUGAACAGUCCCAGUCUUUUGAUCUUUUAAAAGGAGAGGUAGCAGCAAACACGAUCAAAAUAUUAUAUGAAGCUCUCAAGACGUUCUCCUCCUCUUUUUGUGAAAUCCUGCUUGGGAACAAAGUCAAUAGACAUAGCAGCACUAAAGACUAAAGAGGGAUAAAGACAGAGAGUGAUCACAGUGGCCCUCAGACUGAAGUGUCUCUGUCUCUCUCUCCACAUCUCUGUCUGUCUGUCUCUCUCUCUCUCCUCUCCCCACCUCUCUCUUGGGCUCUCUCGCCUCUGUCUCUGUCUUUCUCUCUAACUAUCUCUCUCUCUCUGUCUCUCCUCUCCCUUGUGCUCUCUCUCCGCUGUCUCGGUCUCUUCUCUCUCUCUCUCUCUCUCUCUCUCUCUCUCUCUCUCUCUCUCUCUCUCUCUCUCUCUCUCUCUCUCUCUCUCUCUCUCUCUCUCUCUCUCUCUCUCUCUCUCUCUGGUUGAGCUCUGAAUAUUCAUGGCUCUUGGUGCAAUCAGUCCUGGGCAGGCUGAAAGAGACAGGGGGAUGGAACCAAGCCAGGAGAUGGAAGGAGGAGAACUCUCUCGCACUUUCUCUCUCUCCAUUUCUCAAACCGUACUGCACUCCUCUUUAUCUCUCGGUCUUAAUUCUGUGCGUUUUGCUUUUCACAUUCUCUUCAUCUCUUUCCAACUCUGUCUCCCUUCCUCUACAUCUCCUUCUCUUCUCCUUCAUCCCUCAAUCCCUCUCCGUCCGUCAUAUCCAAGUGCUAAAGUUCACCUGCCACCCCAUUGCUCACUGCUCAACCCAAGCCAACUAUGCACACACAGGCAUGCAGGCACACAUGUACGGACACACGGAUGCACACCUACAUACACACAUACUGAGAAUAUGGUGCAACCAUGCAUAAUGCUCAUAUAUGCUACAUGUAGUUGUGUGUCCCCAUUUCUUCAGCCUACUAGAUGAACUAGGUCCACUGGAUCAAAGGUCAUAUAUUACUGUGUAUUGCCACAAUGUCAAUACCAGUCAAUACCAUUCGACACUCAUUCCACUUUAUUAACCAAAACAAAUCCAUCAACAGAACAUUGUGGACAAUAACUGUACAACACGUUCCUGUUUCUGAAGCUGUUGAAUCCACUUGUGUGGAUCGAUGGAGUCCGUCGGUGUACAAAUUAAAAGCAUAAAUAACAACACCCAUAGCGAUAAAAAUUUAAAACCAGAAUCCAGAAAUAUUAAUUAGCCAACAAAUCCUCUCUUUAUUGCAAUCCUUUAUCGCCAGUCGGCCAGCCAGUCAGCUAGCCAGCCAGCCAACCAACAAACCAGCCAGCCAACAAACCAGCCAGCCAGCUGAUUGUAUGUAUUCCCUUUGAGGACGCAGAAGGGAACAGGGCAGAGAUGCAGCAUGGAGAAGUGUGUAAUUCUGCCCAAUUGAGUUUUAUGAGAUGAACUGAACUGGUGCUUUAGCAGCCAGGGGGAGAGGGAAGUUCAUGUUAAAAUGUAUGAGGGGAAUGUUCUUUCUUUUUUACCCCCCGAACCAACCGCCAACGUUGCUUCACAUUAAUUCUCUGUGUACUAGCCUUUUAUCCCUCUUCCUCCUCCUCCUCUUCCUGCCUCCUCCUCCUCCUCCUCUUCCUGCCUCCUCCUCCUUCUCCUCCCUCCCUCCCUCCUCCCGGUAUCUGAAGGCAGUGUUUUUGUGAUCCACAUUCAGAGUUUGGUGUGUAUUAUUAUUUCCCCCAUCUCUCUGCUUGGAUGAUGAAAUGCCUCUAUAGCCUGAGAGACAUACAGCAGCAGGCACAGCGCAGUAGCACCCCACUAGUUUCAAGAAGGCUGGCCUUGAUUUUCACAUCACUGUUGUUUUUUGGAAGUGUUUUAUCUACCUCCUUCUCUUUGUAGCUCUACCUGGUUGCAACAAGAGGAAACAGGUAAAGAAAGCAGGAAGACUGAACUGAUGAGGAUUCUGUUCCUUUGAACAAAUCCACCCUUUACGUUGUGUGCAGCGAUAGAUAGAUUGUUCCCUUCUUUGCCUGUGUGGAUAUGGGAGAUUAUGGUGUUGCAGGUGUGGGUAGUGGAGAUGUGGGGGAACUUUGUUAUCAAAUAUUUACGAUGCUAUCAAGCCAACCGUGACUGCCAAUAUCAAUAUAGCUUAGCCUACACCCUCUCUCCGUUUUCAUCUGUCUCUCCUUUUCAUCUCCCUCUCUCUCUCUCUCUCUCUCUCUCUCUCUCUCUCUCUCUCUCUCUCUCUCUCUCUCUCUCUCUCUCUCACUCUCUCUCUCUUUCUCUCCCUCUCCCUCUCUUUCUCUACCUCUCCUUCUCCUUCAUCUUCCCACUCUUUAUCACUCUGUCUCUCUCUCUCAAUCUUUCCCCCCCUCUUUCUUUCUCUCUCUUCAUCUCUCUUCCCUGUCCCUUUCUCUCUCUUUAUCUGCAUGACCAGCAGUCCAUCCAUCUUUUCCCCAUCCCCCCUCCUGUACUCUUCCAAUUAAAUAACAACUCCCAUAGCGAUAUAAAGGAAAAACCAGAAUCCAGAAAUAUUAAUUACCCAACAAAUCCUCUCUUUAUUGCAAUCCAGUCAGCAAGUCAGCCGACAAACCAGCCAGCCAGCCAGUCAGCCACCUAGCCAGCCAGCCAGCCAGCCAGCCAGCCAGCCAGCCAGCCAACAAACCAGCCAGCCAAUCAACAAACCAGCCAGCCAGCCAGCCAGCCUACCAGCGAGCCAGACAGUCAGACAACCAGCCAGCCAGCCAGCUAAUUGUAUGUAUUCCCUUUGAGGACAGGGAAGGUAACAGGCCAGGGAUGCAGCAUGCAGAAGUGUGUAAUUCUGCCCAAUUGAGUUUUAUGAGAUGAACUGAACUGGUGCUGUAGCAGCCAGGGGGAGAGGGAAGCUCUCUAUUUCUUUCUCCCUCUCCCCCUUCCCCUCUCCCUCUCUUUCUCUACAUCUCCUUCUCCUUCAUCUCUCUCUCCCCUUCUCCCUCACCUGGCUCUGUCAAUUUCUAUUUCUCCACCCCCUCCCUUUCUCUCUCUCUCUAUCUGCAUGACCACCAGUCCAUCUUUUACCCAUCCCUUCUCCUGUACUCUUCCAAGUACAUUCAUUCCCAAAGUGCUUUACUUCUAUGGUGCUCUAUACAAUCCAAUCAGAAAGAUUACUUUCCCCUCCAGAGAGACAAAGAUCACAGUUCUAUUAAUACACUUAGAGCCUGGUUGUUGCUGAUGUUGUUGUGUCUAUUCCUCUCUCAGAUGUGUGUGACUGAAUGCACACACUCUCUCUCUCUCUCUCUCUCUCUCUCUCUCUCUCUCUCUCUCUCUCUCUCUCUCUCUCUCUCUCUCUCUCUCUCUCUCUCUCUCUCUCUCUCUCUCUCUCUCUCUCUCUCUCUCUCUCUCUCUCUCUCUCUCUCUCUCUCUCUCUCUCUCUCUCUCUCUCUGCUGUCUCUCUUUCCCUUCCUCCUCUGAGUAUCGCCAGAUGCUGAUAGUUAUAAUGAGGGAGGGUCAAGGCUCUGUGCAGUGCUGAGCGAGUGAAUCGAUGGCCGGGUGUGUCGCGGUGUGUGUUUGUGCAUAUUUGUGCGUGUGUGUGUGCUCGUCGGUGUGCGUCAGCGGCUGAUGAAUGGAGAAGUUGAUCGUCUGGACUUCUCUAAUGGCCCAUACAUAAGAAUGAAGAAUAGUAAGAAAUUAGCAGACAGGGAUGCGAGGCCUGUAUCCAUCUGUGGAGGCCUUGUGUGGUUCCAUCGAUCCAGACCAGGCACUUAGAGCCUGAUGUAUUGUCAACACGGCAACACACCGGGGCUGCUUCCCAAAGGACAUCCUACUUUUGACCAGGGCCCAUCGAGUGCGUGAACUAUCAAGAGUCUGCUGGUUUCUGUCACAGCUAACGUGUUAUUGUCUGUGUGAGUGGGUGAAACACAUUAACUAUUAUCUACACCUCUGAUGAGCUUUUAGGAUCAUUGGCAGAGCUUUUAACUGUGUGGCUGUCAGUGACUAUUCCAUUGGUUCCAUUGUGCCAGAAAAGCUCAAUCAAACCCAGCUAAAUUACUUGAAAGUAAAGUGCUAUUUAAAGUCUGGAAUCUAUGAAUGCAGUAAACCCCAUGUCAAUGCGUCGUUUAUUUAUUUGUUGUGCCUCUGCUGUAAAAUAGUAAAUUGUCCCUCAGUAAACGAUAUGGGUUAUUGUGGCAGUAAUGAUUUUUCAGAGGCCCAGACACACUUUGGUUCUCUGUGGGAGAGAUCUGGGAUUCACUUUGGUUUCUCAGCAUGAUGCUAGAUUCAUUAAGAUGAGUGAGUAGAUACUUGGGUAGUACUCAAUGACUCCUGUGGGUCCAGUGUUCUGUGUGUGUUCUCUGAUGAAGAAAGAUGUCUGUUUGAAAGAGAGGGAGUGAAAGGGAGGGAGAGAGAGAGAGAGAGAGAGAGAGAGAGAGAGAGAGAUGACUGUGGAAACAAGUCUGUCCUAUGGGGCUAUGCUAAACUAUGGAUGUUUGAGCAGAGAGAAUCGCCACCAGACAGGCCUCAGUGGAUUCAAGCUCUUUGAAUAGGACUUCCCUCUCUCUCUCCCUAACGUGAAAUCCUUUCUUCCUUCCUCCUUUCAUCUCUCCAUUGUCUCUCCUGUUCUCCUCUCAUCUCUCCAUUGUCUCUUCUGUCCUCCUUUCAUCUCUCCGCUGUUUCUCCUGUUCUCCUCUCAUCUCUCCAUUGUCUCUCCUGUCCUCCUCUCAUCUCUCCAUUGUCUCUCCUGUCCUCCUCUAAUCUCUCUUGGUUGUCUCUCCUCAGGUGGUGUUUGAAGCAUCCGUCUCAGCAGAACGGCGAGGCUACAUCGCCAUUGACGACAUCCUGCUGCUCAAUUACCCCUGCUGUAAGUAGCUACCCACCACAGUACAGCACCAGCGUCCCAAUGUAUAUCAGCCCAGAAAACACUGCCCCAACACAACAACAUAGCAAACCCAGCACACCACUAACCAAUCUAUCGCCAAUGCACUGUAUCAAUGCACCAAGGCACCAAAGCACAGAUGUACCAUUGUACUUCAGAACAGAGCACAGAGCCAGUAACCUUUAUCAAAGAAAUGGGAAAAUGCGUGUCUGGGCGCUCAGGGGUGGACAGACAGACAAAGUCUCAGGACUAUGAUGGGUGGGUGGACAGACACUGACAGAGGCCUGUAAAGUAUCCAGCGGAGGUGAAGGUACUGCUCUCAAAGCCAGAGACGGUUCUGAGAGGCUUCUGGCAUGUGGACACCUGUCUGAUUUCCCAUGGUCACGGCUGCACAACGCCGCUCCUUUUGUCCAGGUCGAACAGACAUCGAGCUGGUGACCUUUAUCUUCCUGACUGCUCAGCACGUCGCUCCACUCGCCACUCUCCCGGUCACCAAGAUGAGCCCACUCUCCCAGAGCGAAUGUACUGUUCCAGGAAACACACACACACAUCACACACACGCACACACACACACACACUGUUCCAAGAAAAAAGCGGGCAGCAGGUGAACGGGUGAAAGGACUCUCGUCGCAUGUUUUUUUUUUUUUUCCUCUCCACCAAGGCGAGACGAGAGCAGCAGUCGUCUGAGGUCUCUAGCUAGACCAUAAUGCCAUAUGGUGAUGCUCUUAGAUAUUUCCCCAUUAUAGCUAACCCCCUCCCUCUUAGUGCAAUCCCCCCCACCACCCUCCCUUAGCUCUCAGUGCAAACACCCCUCAACCCCACAACCCCCUUGCUUCUCUAAAACUGACCGACUGCCUCUAUAGUGGACCCUCUUUGUCUCUCCCACAGCAGUCUGAUACACCAUGGUGUUACUUUGAGAUAAUUCCCCAGUAAAACCUCCCUCCUUCAGUGCAGCAGAAACUGCGGGCCGGGAGGAAAUGUUAAUGACUGAUAAUGGAGGCCGUUAAUGAGCUCAUGAAAUUCAGAUAGCUUUUACCGCCUGUAAAAAAAAACAGCCAGACCCUUAUAAAUCUUUCACAAGUUCAUCUCUCUCUCUCUCUCUCUCUCUCUCUCUCUCUCUCUCCAUAAACCUUCUCCAAAACAACCAAAGAUAAGCUCAACUCAUCUUAAACUUUUAACACUUAGCCUCUGUCACCUGAAUGUCGGCCAGCCUGUGUGCAUUUCCAUGGUGAUAUGGGACCCGUUGCUGAGUUAGAGUGGUUGCCAGGGCCCUCUGUGUGUGAAUAAUGUGUGUGUGACGGGUACAUCUCUUGGCGCUGAUGCAGAUGUCAUCUCCCUGGCCCCCGCCGUCCCCAUUAAAUAAUCAACACUCUCAUUAGGAGAUGCUGCGGCUGUCAGGGCCCUCCACGGAACCUCUUAAACACACACACACACACACACACACUCCAAGCUGGCACGACGCCCCCUACGGCAGCAGAAAUAACUUGUUUGGCCCGCAGGAGAUACAAAUCGAGUCUCUCUUAUAUUCACAUUCCAACAUGCUUGACAUUUCUGUUAUUUUCUCCUGAGUCACUAUCAUUAUUCCAAACACGUGUUACAGUCCAACGAAAUCUCUGUCAAAUUGAAGCUCGUUUGGAUAUAAAAAUGUGACUUGCAUAAUGUGGCCUGCAUACCAAGAGACUGAACUAGCUAGCGUGUGUGUGUGUGUUUUCUGAAAGACUACCGACUACGUGCAUAAAUCAAUUUAGCAACAGCUUGUCCCUCGAUGCGCUUAUUGGAGAGAAAUAAAGGAGAAGAGAGGAGAAGAGAAAUGAGAGAGGUGGGCAGAUGUCUGUUUCCAUGGAGACUCAUGAUAGGAGUGUCAGGUGUACGGAGGACAGCUGGACAGAUGUCUCUCUCUUCCUCUCCUCUUCUCUUCCUCUCUUCAUGUUUUCCUAUUUUCCUCACUCGCUUUUCCUCUCUUCCUAUCGUCCUCUCACUUUUCUGUGCAGGAUAAGAAAGGACCGUCAAAUACUCUCAGUUGUGCUGUUAUUUUAAAGUCAUUCCCCACCUGCCCAGGGACAACAGGUGUAAACUAACCUUAUGCAGUUGCUAAUUCUGGCACAUUUAUAUCAACGUUGAUUCAUGUUCACUAUGUCCCAUGUUGAAUACAACUAAUAAAGUAGCUAAAGCUAGUAAAAGUGAAGGGGGAAAGUAUCUGGUUGCUUACCACUGAGUGACAGAACACACUGUACACACACCCAGUGGCUUUGAGCUGGAUAAAUAAGUAGAAGAUAAGGAAGAGUCUUCACUGGAUACACUCCCGAGUGUGUGUUUUUAUGACAGGGUUUCAUCUGUUCACCAGUCCGUCUCUGUACUCUCUGAGGCACCACCAGGGCCACGUCACAUUAUUCUCAGUGUAGAGUGUAUUGCGCUCAUAGUCAAACAAAACUCAACUGUCUGAAAGGAAACAUGUAUAGCUGUUCUUAUAAGUGUACUUCCAUAAGAGUAAUGCUUACAGUUGCACUGCAGGCCUACUGAUGUCUGUGCACAGGGAGAGAAAGUCUUCUCACAUACUGUAGAACUCUGAGAGGAGAAACUAUGUUUGGUUGAGCAGCCUGUCUUCGUGAAGUCACAGCCCACAGGCAUGGCUGGGAAAGCUGUGCUGCACUGAUGUUCUCGUCCUCUCUCUGUGUGUGUGUGUGUGUGUGUGUGUAUGUGUUGAAUGUGUUCCUAAUGCAUGCGUGUGUAUUCAUAUGAUAAUAAUGAACUGUCAGUGCAUCAGUAUCACAGAGGAUCUCUCUCUCUCUCUCUCUCUCUCUCUCUCUCUCUCUCUCUCUCUCUCUCUCUCUCUCUCUCUCUCUCUCUCUCUCUCUCUCUCUCGCUCUCUCUCUCUCUACAGACAAGGUUCCCCACUUCUCUCGGCUGGGGGAUGUGGAGGUCAAUGCAGGGCAGAAUGCCACCUUCCAGUGUGUCGCCACGGGCAAAACUACAGAGACAGAACCCUUCCUACUGGAGGUAAGGAUGGAGGAGUGUGUGUGUGUGCUUGCUGGCGUGACCACCGACAAGACCACAAAAACAGAGACGUUCCUGCUGGAGGAGAGAGUACAGACUGAUGGAGGAGAGAGUACAGACUGCUGUAGGAGAGAGUACAGACUGCUGUAGGAGAGAGGACAGACUGCUGUAGGAGAGAGUACAGACUGCUGUAGGAUAGAGUACAGACUGAUGGAGGAGAGAGUACAGACUGCUGUAGGAGAGAGUACAGACUGCUGUAGGAGAGAGUACAUACUGCUGUAGGAUAGAGUACAGACUGAUGGAGGAGAGAGUACAGACUGCUGUAGGAGAGAGUACAGACUGCUGUAGGAGAGAGUACAGACUGCUGUAGGAGAGAGUACAGACUGCUGUAGGAGAGAGUACAGACUGCUGUAGGAGAGAGUACAGACAGACUGAUUGCCCUGGGGCCCAAGUCCCUUGCACUUCUUCGGGCUUAAAGAUGGAAUCCUCAUCAGGGGAAACAGUGCCACUGUCCGCCCCACGGCUGUUGUUAUUGUUUUUGUUUUGUUGACGAAGCAGAGUGGGGAGCGUUGCGCAGCGUGGGAAAAACAUUUGCAGUACAUAUGCUGCUAUUCUAUCACGCGUGCAAUGUUGUUUACAGUUACUUAUUUGUUGUUGGAAUAUCGCAAAUGGACGUGGCUGUUUCACCAUUAAGGAUUCCAGCUUUAUAAAUGCAUAGAAGUGCACUAUUAUUUUUAUGAGGUCUGAUAUAUAUACGAGUGCUUCAGUGAAUUAAAGAUAGACCCAGCAGUAUGACAUCAUCAAACACAGAGUGCCAAGUCCCUGCAUACAGACUAGCUAUAACUAACUACUAUUACUAACUAAUGGCAUCAGCUGUUUGUGUGACCUUUUGAUUUGCUAGCUGAUAGUUACUCAUAUUCCUCCAUUAAGUAAUCUCUCAUAACUCAAAAUGGUUUACAUUUCUGCUGCAUGAAUUUGAGCUAAUAUUAGUUAUCUGAAACCUCGGUCUGAAAGCCUCCACUCUCUCUCUGCAUACUUGAAGCUAAGUGCCAUUUAAAAGUUAGAUGAGGGAAGGAGGGAAGGAGGGAAAGAGGGAAGGAGACGCUUUCCUCUGUUUUCUUUCCAUCUCCUCUCCUCUCUUUCUUUCUUUUGUAUUGAAGUAUUUUGUAUCCAGAGCCUCUGCUCUUUCAAGAGUUCAAAAACCUACAAUUUUAAUCCUGACACAGACAUACACACACAGUAUCACAUGCACAACCAAGCCCACACACACACACACACACACACACACACACACACACACACACACACACACACACACACACACAUACACAUACACACACACACACACACACACACACACACACACACACACACACACACACACACACACACACACACACACACACACUGUUUGGUGGGGGGGGGGGGUCAGAUACACCUAUUUCACUUUUGCAUGUAAAAACACUCACCACUGCUGCACAUGCUGCCACUGUUUUGAUUACAAAAAGUAAUAUUUUUAGAACGAGCAGUGUGCAGCCAGCUCCUGAGUGCAUUGGUGACACAAGCACAGGGUAAACACAACAAGCAGCUUGCCGGUAGCUAGCAUCCACUAGCUAGCACCUAAUGGCAGUGUUGCAAAUGUUUUUUCGGUCCUACCUAUCCGUGAGAAGGUUUUAGCUAGUGUAUCCCUAUGUCCUUUGACCGGUGAUGGGUGUGGAUGUCUGGUUCAGGUCCCAGGCUCCCAAUGACCCUCAUUAAUAUUUAUUUGCAAGUUCAUUGCAAUUUGCUCUUUAGCGCUAUCUGUUUAGUACCUGAUGGAGCAGACCCAGAAGACCUGUGCAAUUCAGCACCCCAGGGUGUUCCAUUUACUUUGUGGUGUGAAAAUCAUGUGAUGAAAUCCUGCAAUCUCAUUGCUGCAGUCGCCCCCAAUAGCAAGCAAUGUAAUAGCUGGCAAUACAAUCCAAGCCUGGGCGGCAGGCUGAACACACGGAGCUGCUGAUGGUAGAGCAGUAGUUAACUGAACAGCUUGCUUUGAACAAUAUCAUUUUGAACAGUAAAAUGUACACAAAUUAACCAUACUUUUAUGGACAUUUUAAACAUAAUUCUUGAAUUAUACACUACCAGUCAAAAGUUUGGACACACCUACUCAUUCAAAGGUUUUUCUAUAUUUUUACAUUGUAGAAUAAUAGUGAAGACAUCAAAACUAUGAAAUAACACAUAUGGAAAUAGGGCUAUCUUCUGUAUACCCCCCCUUUUACCUUGUCACAACACAACUGAUUGGCUCAAAUGCAUUAAGAAGGAAAGAAAUUACACAAAUUAACUUUUAAGAAGGCACACCUGUUAAUUGAAAUGCAUUCCAGGUGACUACCUCAUGAAGCUGGAUGAGAGAAUGCCAAGAGUGUAUCUCAUAACACUGAAUCAGCGAACUUUGUGAAGACCAAUACUUGUGUCAUUCUCAAAACGUUUGACCACGACUGUAGGUGUGUGCAAACUUUUUACUGGUAUUGUAUAUUUUGGAGAAAAAUCCCCCCCUCAAAAUGUUUUAUUUUUACCAAUAACAAGUGGGGCACUGCCCCUAACGCCCUAAUGGAUGAGCCACCACUGGUUGAAAUGCAUCUCUUCUACAAGGAUGCAUGACAGCAUUAUGACUCAUAUCACCCAUAUUGGAUUGAACACAUGUUGCACACAAUACACAUAUGGUGAACUGAGCCAUACAUUGUCUCCCAGUUCAAACCAGAUUCCAAUGUUGCUCUGACUCUAACCCACUUUACUCAGUAAGGUUAAAAAAGGUGAAGGGGAAAAGUAUUGGUAACAGCAGGGAAAAACAAUAUUUUUCCCCAACCCUUUAUUGUCUUCUGUUCAUCUAUUAGCUGUGUACUGUUUCAUUCUUAACACAAUGUUUGUCUGUUUUUCUCCCCUCAACUGUAAUUGUGUGUGUAUUUGUGUGUGUGUGUGUGUGUGUGUGUGUGUGUGUGUAUGUGUGUGUGUGUGUGUAUGUAUGUAUGUGUGUGUAUGUGUGUGUGUGCAUGCGCGUGUUUCUCUCUCUUACUCUCCUCAACAGUAAUUGCUUUAUUUCCUUAUUUUGUCUUUCUAUCAGAGAGUUUUACUUGUUCUGUUUCUGAUUCUGUUUAGAUCUUUAGACAAUGUCAACAUUUGUUUGUGUUCAGUUGGAAUCCUGAAUUAAUUAAUUACCACGGAAACUCAUAAUUAAGGUAUGAUAUGGGAGUUAGGGGAAGAGAGAGGGAGAGAAGGAAGACAGACAGGUUUAAUACUGUAUGUUUAAUUUGUAUGACAAGCUGUAGGAUUGUCUGUUUGUUUUGACUGAAUGAAUGAAAUCACAUCUCAAUGUACAUUCAUUCAGUCAAAACAAACAGACAAUCCUACAGCUUGUCAUACAAAUUAAACAUACAGUCUUAAACCUGUCUGUCUUCCUUCUCUCCCUCUCUCUUCCCCUAACUGAAGAAUCACACAUACACGUACACACACACACACACAACUGCACACACACACACACACACACACACACACACACACACACACACACACACACACACACACACAUACACCUGUGUCUGUGCAUACAAUAACCUACGGUUAUGAAAAUGUGAUCCAACAAGCUAUUGGCUUAUGGAAAUGAAUAACCCAAUAAUUCAGAAAAUACUUUUCACAACCACUAACAUUGACACUGAGGCAAUAAUCUAUACAUUUAUGCUGUUGCUCCCAUUACCAGUUUCUUACUUUUAAGCAAACGUUUCCUGCUCCCCCCCUCCCCCCCUGAAAAACCAAUUCACAACUCCAAUUCACAACGCCACUUCGACAGGGGCUAUCUUAAAUAACAUCCUGCCUACAUUAUUCUGAGAGCAGAGCAGCAUAUAGCCUUCUACACCUGGAAAAACGUAACGCUUUGUGUGUGUGUGUGUGUGUGACAGGUGACAGGUUGUGAUUUCCUGUCCCCCUCGAUGAUCCGAGCGCUCAUGUGCCUCGAGCGAUCACAUAUAACUACGGGUUGUCUGCGUGCAUGCAUGUAUGAGUGUGGCAGCUCUGUCAGCAGCCCGCCAUGCAACCUCACCGUGACAUGUUAGCUGUAACAUAUACAGUUGAAGUCGGAAGUUUACAUACACCUUAGCCAAAUACAUUUAAACUCAGUUUUUCACAAUUCCUGACAUUUAAUCCUAUUAAAAAUUCCCUGUUUUAGGUCAGUUAGGAUCACCACUUUAUUUUAAGAAUAUGAAAUGUCAGAAUAAUAAUAGAGAGAAUUAUUUAUUUUAGCUUUUAUUUCUUUCAUCACAUUCCCAGUGGGUCAGAAGUUUACAUACGCUCAAUAAGUAUUUGGUAUCAUUGCCUUUAAAUUGUUUAACUUGGGUCAAACAUUUCGGGUAGCCUUCCACAAGCUUCCCACAAUAAGUUGGGUGAAUUUUGGCCCAUUCCUCCUGACAGAGCUGGUGUAACUGAGUCAGGUUUCUAGGCCUCCUUGCUCGCACACACUUUUGCAGUUCUGCCAACACAUUUUCUAUAGGAUUGAGGUCAGGGCCUUGUGAUGGCCACUCCAAUACUGUGAUGAGUGUGAUUAGAAGGAGUCAGGCGCAGGAGGGUAAAUCACAGAAUACAGAGUUUAUUCCGUCAACACAGUUGCGCUGGAUAGCGACAAGAAAAUACAGGCACAGGGGAACAAUCUACCCCGGCAAUACAAGGUACGGGUAGCUCCAAAAAAUACAGGCACAGGGGAAUAAUCUACCCCGGCAAUACAAGGUGCGAGUAGCUCCACCAAGCUACACUCAACUCACAUAAAACAAUCACCCACAAGGACAAGGGGGCAGAGGGAACACUUAUACACAGACUAAUGAGGGAUAUGAACCAGGUGUGUGUGUAAUUGACAAGACAAGACAAAUGGAAUGAUGAUAUAUGGAGCGGCAGUGGCUAGUAAGCCGGUGACGAUGAACACCAAAGCCUGCUCGAACAAGGAGGAGAGGCAGCCCCUUACACUGGGAACACACUGAGCAGUAGGAGACAUACACCCUCAUGUCCUUAGCCAAGGUAGGCCACCACUACUAGUCAGGCAGCGCACUGUACGACCGAUACCUGGGUGACCAGAGGAGGGUGACGAGUGUGCCCAGUAGAUCAGACGAUCACGGAUAAGAGCAGGCACGUACCGCAGCCCAGCUGGACACUGAGGUGGAGAUGGAUCUUAGCGUAAUGCCUGCUCUAUAUCCGCGUCCAUCGCCCAUACUACCGGCGCCACAAUGCAGGAGGCCGGGAGUAUGGGGGUGUUGUCUCUGGGCCUCUACUCUGUGUCAUACAGCCAUGACAAUGCGUCUGCCUUCACAUUCUUCAUACCCGGGAUGUAUGACAGAGUAAAAUCGAACCGGGUGAAGAAUAGGGCCCACCUGGCCUGGUGAGGAUUCAGCCUCCUCGCUGCCCGAAUGUACUCCAGGUUACAGUGGUCCGUCCAGAUGAGGAAAGGGUGUUUCGCCCCUUUGAGCCAAUGCCUCCACACAGUCAAGGCUCGGACAACAGCCAAUAGCUCCCGAUCACCAACGUCGUAGUUCUGCUCCGCCGGGCUGAGCUUCUUAGAGAAGAAGGCACAGGGGCGGAGCUUGGGUGGCGUGCCCGAGCGUUGAGACAGGACAGCGCCUAUCCCUACCUCGGACACAUCCACCUCCACUACGAGCGGUAGUGAUGGAUCGGGGUGGGCCAGUACCGGGGCUGAGGUGAACAGGUCAGCCUCAGCAGACCAGCGGAGCCGGGACGGCCCACCCUUCAACAGGGCUGUAAUGGGAGCUGCGACCUUGCCAAAGCCCCGGAUAAACCUCUGAUAGUAGUUGGCGAGGCCAAGGAAGCGCUGCACCUCCUUAACCGUGGUUGGAGUUGGCCAAUUACGCACGGCUGAAAUGCGAUCUCCCUCCAUCUUCACACCUGAGUUGGUAAUGCGGUAUCCAAAGAAGGAGACGGACUAAUGGAAAAACAUACACUUCUCUGCCUUGGCCUAGAGGUCAUUUUCCAACAGUCGGGCCAGCACUUUGCGAACCAGGGACACAUGCUCGGUGCGCGUAGCGGAAUACACCAGGAUGUCAUCGAUGUAGACCACUACACCGUGACCAAGCAUGUCCCAAAACACCUCGUUCACAAAGGACUGGAAGACGGAUGGAGCAUUCAUCAAACCGUAGGGCAUCACCAGGUAUUCAUAAUGCCCCGUAGUUGUGCUGAAUGCUGUCUUCCACUCAUCCCCCUCUCGGAUACCCACCAGGCUGUACACACUCCUGAGAUCUAAUUUGGAAAGAAGCGCACCCCAUGCAUUGACUCAAUCACUGAAGGAAUGAGGGGGAGAGGAUAACUAAAUCUCAUCGUCUCCUUGUUCAGUGUAAUAAAUGCAAGGGAGCAGACCGCCGUCUUUCUUCUUCACAAAGAAGAAACUCGAGGAGGCUGGUGAAGUGGAGGGAUGUAUAUACCCCUGGCACAGGGACUCGGUGACGGAUGUUUCCAUAGCCUCCGUUUCAGCUUGCGACAGGGGGUACACAUGACUCCUGGGAGGUACAGCGUCUACCCGGAGGUUUAUCGCGCAAUCUCCCGGCCAAUGAGGUGGUAACUUGGUAGCCUGCGUUUUUGAGAAGGCGUGCCCCAAAUCGAGGUAUUCAGGGGGAAUGCGUAUUGUGGAGGUACUGUCUGGACUUUCCACCGUGGUUGCACCAACGGAAACACCUAGACACCUACCCUGACACUCUUGCGACCACCCCAUGAGAACCCUCUGCGACCAUGAGAAGGUGGGGUUGUGGAGUGCUACCAAGGGAUCCCUAAUACCACAGGGAAAGCAGGAGACUCAAUAAUAAAAUCUGCUCACAAUGAGUCUCCUGGGUAAUCAUGGUGACUGGUGCAGUAACUUCCUAAACAAACCCGGACCCUAAUGGUCGACUAUCAAGUGCUCUGAUGGGGAGUGGAAUGGAUAGGGGAACCAAUGAAAUGCCUAGACGGCAUGAGAAUGCCCUGUCCAUAAAGUUCCCAGCUGUGCCUGAAUUGACUAGCGCCUUACACUGGGGAACUACCAUGUGAUCGGGAAAGUAGAUGGGUAGGGUACAGUGUGCAGCAGAGGGCUCUGAACGAGUGUGGGUGUCCGAUACCUGAGGUGAUGCGAGAGUGCCCUGCCUGCCGCCUCCAGACCCAAAAGAGUGUUGACGACCACGUGUGGUGUACUUUCCCUUCGUGCCACCCGAGUGACACUGUCGCUGUCGUCCUCCGCUCUCUCGGACGGCGGCUCCAACCAGCUCCAUCACCUUGGGAUCCGAGUCGGCCGGGGUGGGAACGGGCAAUCCCCUUCAAGGACGUCCUCUGGCUGCGGGAAGGUUGUCCAAACGGAUGGCCAUGUCCACCAGUUGCGUGAAGGACAACAUGGUGUCCCGGCAGGCUAGCUCCCGUCGGACGUCCUCCCGCAGAUGGCACCGGAAAUGGUCGAUCAGGGCCCGCUCGUUCCACCGGGACCCCGCUGCAAGAGUCCGAAACUCCAAAGCGAAGUCCUGCACGGUCCUCGUCCCCUGCCUCAGGUGGACCAGCCGCUCGCCCGCCUCUCGACCUUCGGGUGGGUGAUCGAAGACAGCCCGAAAGAGGCGAGCGAAUUCCCCGUAGUUCUCCAACGCGGCUCCUCCUUCGUUCCAAACCACGUUGGCCCACUCCAGGGCUUUCCCUGAGAGGCAGGAAACGAGGACGGACACCUUCUCCCGCUCCGAUGGGGCCGGCCUGAUGCUGGAGAAGUAGAGCUCCAGUUAGAGGAGGAAUCCUUGGCCGCCGUCCCGUCGAACUCCCGUGGUCGGGAUAUCUGGAUCCCUCCGGGUGCUGGGGUGUGGUUGGCUUGAUCCGGUUGGCCAGCUGGUCUCGACAGAUCGGAUUCUCUCCUCUCCAGCUUCCCCCAAGCUGGCCAGCAUCGUGGAAUGCUCCUUGACCCGUGACACGACUCCAGGCAUGCGCUCCUCUCGCGCUGACUCCAUAGCGGGUGGGUGAUUCUGUGAUGAAUGUGAUUAGAAGGAGUCAGGCGCAGGAGGGUAAAUCACAGAAUACAGAGUUUAUUCCGUCAACACAGUUGCGCUGGAUAGCGACAACAAAAUACAGGCACAGGGGAACAAUCUACUCCGGCAAUACAAGGUACGGGUAGCUCCAAAAAAUACAGGCACAGGGGAAUAAUCUACCCCGGAAAUACAAGGUGCGAGUAGCUCCACCGAGCUACACUCAACUCACAUAAAACAAUCACCCACAAGGACAAGGGGGCAGAGGGAACACUAAUACACGGACUAAUGAGGGGAUAUGAACCAGGUGUGUGUGUAACUGACGAGACAAGACAAAUGGAAUUAUGAUAUAUGGAGCGGCAGUGGCUAGUAAGCCGGUGACGACGAACGCCGAAGCCUGCCCGAACAAGGAGGGGAGGCAGCCUCGGCGGAAGUCGUGACAAAUACCUUGACUUUGUUGUCCUUAAGCCAUUUUGCCACAACUUUGGAAGUAUGCUUGGGGUCAUUGUCCAUUUGGAAGACCCAUUUGCGACCAAGCUUUAACUUCCUGACUGAUGUCUUGAGAUGUUGCUUCAAUAUAUUCACAUAAUUUUCCUUCCUCAUGAUGACAUCUAUUUUGUGAAGUGCACCAAUCCCUCCUGCAGCAAAGCACCCCCACAGCAUGAUGUUGCCACCCCCGUGCUUCACGGUUGGGAUGGUGUUCUUCGGCUUGCAAGCUACCCACUUUUUCCUCCAAGCAUAACGAUGGUCAUUAUGGCCAAACAGUUCAAUUUUUGUUUCAUCAGACCAAAGGACAUUUCUCCAAAAAGUACGAUCUUUGUCCCCAUGUGCAGUUGCAAAUCGUAGCCUGGCUUUUUUAUGGCGGUUUUGGAGCAGUGGCUUCUUCCUUGCUGAGUGGCCUUUCUGGUUAUGUCGAUAUAGUACUCGUUUUACUGUGGAUAUAGAUAAUUUUGUACCUGUUUCCUCCAGCAUCUUCACAAGGUCCUUUGCUGUUGUUCUGGGAUUGAUUUGCGCUUUUCACACCAAAGUACGUUCAUCUCUAGGAGACAGAACACGUCUCCUUCCUGAACAGUAUGACGGCUGCGUGGUCCCAUGGUGUUUAUACUUGCGUACUAUUGUUUGUACAGAUGAACGUGGUACUUUCAGGCGUUUGAAAUUGCUCCCAAUGAUGAACCAGACUUGUGGAGGUCUACAAUUUUUUUUCAGAGGUCUUGGCUGAUUUCUUUUGAUUUUCCCAUGAUGUCAAGCAAAGAGGCACUGAGUUUGAAGGUAGGCCUUGAGAUACAUCCACAGAUACACCUCCAAUUGACUCAAAUGAUGUCAAUUAGCCUAUCAGAAGCUUCUAAAGCCAUUACAUCUGGAAUUUCCCAAGCUGUUUAAAGGCACAGUCAACUUACUGUAUGUAAACUUCUGACCCACUGGAAUUGUGAUACAGUGAAUUAUAAUGAAAUAAUCUGUCUGUAAACAAUUGUUGGAAAAAUUACUUGUGUCAUGCACAAAGUAGAUCCUAACCGACUUGCCGAAACUAUAGUUUGUUAACAAGAAAUGUGUGGAGUGGUUGAAAAACAAGUUUUAAUGACUCCAACCUAAGUGUAUGUAAACUUCCGACAUCAACUGUAUAAUGUAUUUAUUAUCUCCACCUCCAACGGUACUUCAGCUCUCCCUCAUUUUCUCCCUGGCUCUCUCCUUCCUUCCCACUCACAAUCCCAUUAUUUAGGGCUAUAUCUCAUGGCCACACAUACACUACCGGUCAAAAGUUUUAGAACACCUACUCAUUCAAGGGUUUUUCUUUAUUUUUAAAAUUUUCUACAUUGUAGAAUAAUAGUGAAGACAUCAAAACUCUGAAAUAACACAUAUGGAAUCAUGUAGUAACCAAAAAAUUGUUAAAGAAAUCAAAAUAUAUUUCAUAUUUGAUAUUCUUCAAAUAGCCACCGUUUGCCUUGAUGACAGCUUUGCACAUUCUUGGCAUUCUCUCAACCAGCUUCAUGAGGUAGUCACCUGGAAUGCCUUUCAAUUAACAGGUGUGCCUUCUUAAAAGUUAAUUUGUGGAAUUUCUUUCCUUCUUAAUAUAUUUGAGCCAAUCAGUUGUGCUGUGACAAGGUACAGGGGGUAUACAGAAGAAAGCUAUAUUUGGUAAAAGACCAAGUCCAUAUAAUGGCAAGGUCAGUCAAUUCAAGAACUUUGAACGUUUCUUCAAGUGCAGUCACAAAAACCAUCAAGCGCUAUGAUGAAACUGGCUCUCAUGAGGACUGCCACAGGAAUGGAAGACCCAGAGUUACUUCUGCUGCAGAGGAUACGUUCAUUACAUUUACAUUUUUACAUUUUAGUCAUUUAGCAGACGCUCUUAUCCAGAGCGACUUACAGGAGCAAUUAGGGUUAAGUGCCUUGCUCAAGGGCACAUUUACGUCAUUUAGCAGACGCUCUUAUCCAGAGCGACUUACAAAUUGGUGCAUUCACCCUAUAGCCAGUGGGAAAUCCACUUUUUUUUUUUUUUUUUUUUUUUUUUGGGGGGGGUAGAAGGAUUACUUUAUCCUAUCCCAGGUAUUCCUUAAAGAGGUGGGGUUUCAAAUGUCUCCGGAAGGUGGUGAGUGACUCCGCUGUCCUGGCGUCGUGAGGGAGCUUGUUCCACCAUUGGGGUGCCAGAGCAGCGAACAGUUUUGACUGGGCUGAGCGGGAACUCUGCUUCCGCAGAGGAAGGGGAGCCAGCAGGCCAGAGGUGGAUGAACGCAAUGCCCUCGUUUGGGUGUAGGGACUGAUCAGAGCCCGAAGGUACGGAGGUGCCGUUCCCCUCACUGCUCCAUAGGCAAGCACCAUGGUCUUGUAACGGAUGCGAGCUUCAACUGGAAGCCAGUGGAGUGUGCGGAGGAGGGGGGUGACGUGAGAGAACUUGGGAAGGUUGAACACCAGACGGGCUGCGGCAUUCUGGAUGAGUUGUAGGGGUUUAAUGGCACAGGCAGGGAGGCCAGCCAACAGCGAGUUGCAGUAAUCCAGACGGGAGAUGACAAGUGCCUGGAUUAGGACCUGUGCCGCUUCCUGUGUAAGGCAGGGUCGUAUUCUCCGAAUGUUGUAGAGCAUGAACCUGCAGGAUCGGGUCACCGCCUUGAUGUUAGCGGAGAACGACAGGGUGUUGUCCAGGGUCACGCCAAGGCUCUUCGCACUCUGGGAGGAGGACACAACGGAGUUGUCAACCGUGAUGGCGAGAUCAUGGAACGGGCAGUCCUUCCCCGGGAGGAAGAGCAGCUCCGUCUUGCCAGGGUUCAGCUUGAGGUGGUGAUCCGUCAUCCAUACUGAUAUGUCUGCCAGACAUGCAGAGAUGCGAUUCGCCACCUGGUUAUGGCGGCGUCCAUUACAGUUACCAGCCUCAGAAAUUGCAGCCCAAAUGAAUGUUUCACAUCUCAACAUCAACUGUUCAGAGGAGACUGCAUGAAUCAGGCCUUCAUGGUCGAGUUGCUGCAAAGAAACCACAACUAAAGGACACCAAUAAGAAGAACAGACUUGCUUGGGCCAAGAAACACAAGCAAGGGACAUUAGACCAGUGAGAAUCUAUCCUUUGGUCCAAAUUGGAGAUUUUUGGUUCCAACUGAUGAUCUCCGCAUGUGUAUUUCCCACCGUAAAGCAUGGAGGAGGAGGUGUUAUGGUGUGGGGGUGAGUAGGUGUUCUAAAACUUUUGACCGGUAGUGUACAUUAUAAUAAACAUAACUGUCUGUGUAGGUUAGUUAGGGUGACCUUACUCUCUCUCUCUAUGUGACUGUGUGUUGUGGGUGUUUUUGGUGGCAGUGACAGAGGUGGUGGCUACAAUGGUAAACAUGAUCACCUGUGUAUGGGUCAGUUAGCGUGAACUCUCUCCCUCCCCCUCCUCUCUCCUCCUCCCUCCCUCCCCUCCUCCCACUCCCCUCCCCUCCCCUCCCCUCCCUCCCCCUCCCCUCCCCUCCCCUCCCCUCCCUCUCCCCUCCCCUCCCCUCCCCUUUCUCUCUCUCUCUUUCUCCUCUAGGGAGUCUCUCUCUCUCUCUCUCUCUCUCUCCUCUUUCUCUCUCUCUCUCUCUCGGCUCUCUCUUUCUCACACUACUGCGGUACGUAAACGGUGUGGUUGUGGCGGCGUCCUUUAUCCAGCGUCUGAGCCACAAAGCGUCCAUUGCCACCUUCCAGGUGGAGCUGAGAGAGGGGGAGCAUGACCUUAUCGCUGCUCACAGAAGGUCCACCCGCGUAGCUGCCGUGUCUACUUCGCCGAGCUCAUUGUCAGAGGUAUAGUAAUGCCAGUCCGAAUAGUCAUGUUUAUUUAGUGUGUACAACAUAGUAUGGUAAAUAUGUGUCUGGUACACAAUGGAAACCUGUCUGGCUAUUGACGAUGUUAUGUCUUUGUUUACACACACACACACACACACACACACACACACACACACACACACACACACACACACACACACACACACACACACACACACACACACACACACACACACACACACACACACACAUACACACACACACACACACAUGGUUUUGAUUGAAGUAAGUCCUGUAGCACUCUGCACCACACACCACCUCCUCUAUGACACCUCCAACCCACCAUGACACCUAGAUACCAUUCUGGGAUCUCUAAACGCCCUCCUCCAUAUGUCCUACCUCCUUCCUCACACAACCACUUCUAACAGCUUCUCCUAAUGUGAGACAUGCACACAAGCACUGGCACACUUAGUCAAUCACAUGGGGACACACACACAUAAAAUGUUAAAAUGCACACACACAUCGGAAAUAUGUUCUGAACUAGCAAAACCUCUUUCAUAUCUUCUCUCUUCUACUUUCUAUUGUGGAAACACGUGGAAACGAUCUUUCACCUAUGUACAUAUGUUGUAUACUCUGUGUAAACAGUGUUUUUCUCUCUACAUGCUGCUGUAAUGUGUGUGUGUGUGUGUGUGUGUGUCCCUUCCCUUCAAGUGCCUCUCAGAAAUCACAAUCUGAAAAUGAUUAAAAAGAUUGUGUGAGGCAAUGCUCUAGCCGAGCAGAAAAAAAGCUAGGGAAAUUAUAAAACAAGAAAAGCAUGAAACAUAAAAAAAAAACCUUGACUUGCCUUUUCUUUGCGAGAGAAGAGAGUUAUUGCUUAUUUUGUGGAAAUUCUGACGUCUUUUUUUUGCGUUCUGUAAAAAUGAAUAAAGUGAUGAUGUACUGUAGUCUCACUGGUAAACAACCAUACAACUAUGGAUCACUGGAUUUCAUUUGUAUCUCUGUUCAUUUGACAGCAACUGAUGAUGUUUUUAUAAUGAGCCGGAUUACAUAGAUUUGUUUUUCUAUCAUUAUAUAUCGUUAGAAAUGAGGAGUUGACAGACUGUAUGUAGACAGUGCUACUAUAUAGCAUUGUGUCAGUUAUCUUGUUAACUGUACACUGUGUUAGAUAAAAGGGUCUACUACUGUAAAUGACAUCAUCAUCAUAUCAUGUGUAAAAGGCUUUUACUUUUGUUUAACCCUCCACUACACCCCUGCAUGCACUCACUUAGUCACUCACAACUCCUCUGUAAAACACUGUACUCUCCCCUAUCCCCCUUCCUUCACCCUGGCAGUGCCCCCCCACCCCCAUCGCUCCCCCCCAGCUGCUCCGGGCUGGCCCCACCUACCUGAUCAUUCAGCUCAACACCAACUCCAUUGUGGGGGAUGGCCCCGUGAUCCGCCGCGAGAUCGAGUACCGGGCCAGCCAAUCACCAUGGUCGGAGACGCACGGUGUGGGCUCGCUCACCUAUAAGGUUUGUGUGCGUGUGUGUGUGUACGCGUGGAAGUUCAUUUGUCGUUCAGCAUUUUUACAGGUUCUUAAAAACAGUUGUUAUUAAAUAACUCAGAAUUACUUUGCUGUUACAGUAAAAAAAAACAUAAAUGUUGAAUGAAAUGCUAUUCAUGUCUUUGCUAAAUAUAGAAAACAUGUUUAUACUCUAUUCUAUUGUAAGGUGUGGCAUCUGGAGCCGGACACAGAGUACCGUAUCAGUGUUUUACUGACCCGGCCAGGGGAGGGAGGGACAGGGGCGCCUGGACCCCCCCUGGUCAGCAGGACCAAGUGUGCAGGUGAGUUAGGAGGGCUGAACGGGUCUAAACCCAAACCUAGAUUUUGUUCUAUUCUAUUCUGUUCUACUCUAGUCUACUCUACUCCUUUUUAUUCCAUUCCUUCGACUUUGUUUAUCCCUUCUGGAACGGCAUUGAGAGAUCACAUAUAAUAACAUCCUCCAUAACAGGACAACAACAUUCAAACACAUACUCUAAUGGACUGCUGUCCACCGGUUGAGAGGAUGUGUGUGUGGAUUAUAGUGCUCAGUGGCUGAUAUGUACGUAGGUACCUCUUUAGAAGCCGGUGUGUAUGCAUGGACAGGUACACUUAAAUGAUGUGUGUUGAUUUAAUUAUAUGGUAGAGUGAAGAACCUGCAGCUUUCUCACUGGCAAUACACUCCCCCUCAUGCACACACACACACACACACACACACACACACACACACACACACACACACACACACACUUAUCUGCACUUACCCUCCCCGGCGCUCAGUGCUCAUCUUUAUGAAACAGCUCCCUGUAGAGUCAGGUAGACCGACAUGACGUUGUGUCAUCUAUCAUAGUCUCUGAUCCCUCCUGUCACAAGGCUCCAGCCACCCACCUCCUGUCUGCUCCUCUUGCCCAGAUGUGAGCCUCAAUCUCUGGGGAGAGAGCAGAGAGAGCCCCUGUGACACUACACACUCUAGAUCAGGGGUGUCGAGUCUAACUAAUUUUGCCCCGGGGGUCGCAUUCAGACUUCAACGAGGUCCAGAGGGCACAUUGAAUAUUGGUUAUAUUUCCUUGCCGUAAAAAUUUGCCCAAAUUAGUCCUCUAUCCAUCGUGUUUGUAAUGUUCGAUGCUCCCUGACUGUCUAGUGAUUAUUAGUGAGCAGGACAGUUAAGAAACUGUAUGAAUGUAGGUCCAUUGACUGUGCACAGUGAUUAUUAGCAAGCUAGAUAGCCAAGAAACUAUGAAUAUAGGUCCUUUAUCAUUUCUACACAGUUCGAUUUGGUUUUAGUCAUCAAAAGUAUAUUGAGUUUGUUUCCCCAUCCGCGGGCCGGAUUGGACCCCCUCGUGGGCUGGAUCUGGCCCGAUGGCCGUAUGUUUGACAGUCAUGCUGUAGAUCAAUCUGUCUCAUAUCCCCUCUCCCUGUCCAGCUCAGAAAGUUUUUUUUUUUUUUUUCUACACCUAUGUCCCCGGAGAGAAGGCUUUUGAUUAAUCCCUCUCAAGUUUUAACUGAUGUAGUAUAGGGAUGGGGGUUGGAAAUAAUUUCACUAUUUGAAUAGUAUUAUGUAAUUUUGUCGGAUUACCUUUUUAACCAGAUGAAUGCUGUGUGAGGGGAGAGGCUGGUGCGCUAUUGCUGCAGCUGUGGAGUUUCCGGUAGGAUAGGAGCAGACGGAGGCAGAGAGAGAGACGCUACUCGUCUACAGCCAAGAAUACCUAACUUGUAGCAGCCACAAUGUUCUUUAUUAUCCCAUAUAACAGUGCCUAUCUUGACUGGAGUGGCCUAGAGAAGCUAGCUAGCAAAAAUGAAUACUCACACUAGUAUUGGAAUACUAACGUCCGUACGAUAUUAGAAUAAGAGGGAAUAAAAUAAGUCUCAGUGUAUGUCAGACGUCGCCAGUUUACCUCACUCAUUGCAGGAGAACAAGGAAGAGUACUACAUCUCUGGCUACUUCUGUUAUCAUUCUAUGGUCUUUUGGGGAGACACAAUGGGCAAAUUGGAAACAUGGGCUGAUUUAUUUUCUAACAUGACGCGACUAGACCGUUCCCUCCCUCCCGCCAUCUCUCCCCCCUGAGGCAUAGAUGUGUAUUACCCAGCUUCUUUCUAUAAACGUCAGAGGCUUUAACCCCCCUUAACCCAUGGCAGUGACUCAAUGAUUGGUCCAACUGGCACUACCAGACCUCUCCUCCAUCCCUCAUUCCUCUCCCUCCUGAGGCUGUAAUUGUGUUCGUAACAGCAUGUGACCUGUAGGCCGGAGGACAGCCAGGCUGAUUGUGUUCAUAGCAACAGUUGACCCCUGGUGAGAAGGUGUCCUCUCUUUUAGCUCACUGACACCAUGGUUUAAGACAAGAGGAGGAUAGGAGAUGAGCUGGAGCCAGCAGAGCCCAGAGGGGGCUGACAGCCAGUCUGACAUACCCCUCCACCCCAUCUGCCCCUCCAUCCAUCCUCAUCUCUCUCCCGCCACUGGCUUUUCCCUUUGAUUAGUCUCAUCAGUGUGAGUCUGUGGGCCUGGACGUCUGUUGGCUGCUGUGGGGUUUGUUUGUCUGCAGGGUGGCAUGCUGCUGGACAGACAGACAGAGACAGGGAAGACAGCCUGGGUGGGUGGUAGAGUGUUUAAUCUAAUGAUGAGCCAUGCUUUCAUAUAGUAGCUUUCCUAAUGGGGUUCUAGUCUGCAUAAUCUGCAUCCUAAAUGGCAUUUAGUGCACUACUUUUGAUCAGGGCCCAUGAGGAAGUAGUGCACUAUUAGAGGGAAUAAGUUGCCAGACACCAACCCUACCUUAGCAGCCUCUGUGGCUGCAGUCUGGCAGGCCUGAUAUGGUCCUGUUGGACAUCAUCAUGACAGGGACACAGGGAUCCAUCACCCCAGUCUCACAAAUGCCAUCAGUAAUUAGCUAGUUCCAUAUCACAUCAUCUCAGCGCAAAGGGCAUCGCCUUUGGUCCUGGAGCUGAGCAGUCUGUAAACAUUUAGGGAUGAGUGAAAUGAUAUAAAAAAUGUGUUCUUGUUGUACAUCGCCCCCUCCUCCUCCCUCCUUUUCUCUCUCUCCAGGGUGUUUGUAUUUUUUUAUAUUUAAACAGCUUCCUGUGGUGAGUUUGUGAAGUAAAUAUCGGAACUAACCAUCUGUCUCUUUCUCCUUAUCUUUCUAUUUUGAUUCAUCACUCCAUCUCACAAUGUCCGGGAGGCGCGCGCCGCGCACAAGAGGGAGCGCGAGCGAGCGCGCGAGCGCGAGGCGAGAGGAGAGAGAGAGCAGGAGAGGAGAGGAAGAGGCGCGAGAACGCGAGAGAGAGAGAGAGCGAGCGCGCGAGAGCGAAGACGAGGAGGAGAGAGAAGAGAGAGAGAGAGAGGAAAGGAGGAGGAAAGAGAGAGAGAGAGAGGAGGAGAGAGAGGAGAGAGAGAGAGGAGAGGAGAGAGAGCGAGAGAGAGAGGAGAGAGAGAGAAGAGAGAGACGAGAUUACUAGCUACAAUAGACAUCUAGAUAAGAUAUCUUUGAUUCUAUUAUCGAUUAUAUCUCUCUCCCUAUCUAUCUUUCUCUCUCUCCUCUCUUCUCUCUUCUAGCUCUUGGGCUCUCUCCUCACCCACACCCUCGCUCCUCCAUCUCCCUACCCAUCUCUCCAUCAGAGCCGAUGCGUGCGUUUGCGAGGCCUCACAGCCACAGAGAUCCAGCCUCGUCAACUAGCCUUACAGUGGGAACCUCUGGGCUACAACCUGACGCGCUGCCACACCUACUCUGUCUCUCUCUGCUACCGCUACUCCACGCCUGCAGGAGGCAGCGCAGGGAACAACGCCACAGUGAGGGAGUGUCUCUCCGUGGAGAGGAACCAAUCACACUUCACCCUGAGGGACCUGCCCCCGUUCCGCUCCGUCUACGUCCGGCUGGCGCUGGAAAACCCAGAAGGCAAGAAGGAGAACAGAGAGGUCACCUUUCAGACCGAGGAGGACAGUGAGUGGACUCUAUUACCCAGCAUGCAUUGUCGUUUAUAUGAAACCCAGAGAGUGUUGGACCCAGUAGUGGUCAAUGCAGUGACUAACCUACAUAACCAUGUAUAUAACCAAUAUCUCAAUGCCCGAGGGCAGUGAUUGGAGCCAUUGCUCUGUGUAGGGUGCCGUCUUUCGGAUGGGAUGUUAAACUGGUGUCCUGACUCUCUGUGGUCACUAAAGAUCCCAUGGCCCAUAUCGUAAGAGUAGGGGUGUUAACCCUGGUGUCCUAGCUAAAUUCCCAAUCUGGUCCUCAUACCAUCAUGGCCACCUAAUCAUCCCCAGCUUCCAAUUGGCUCAUUCAUCCCCCCUCCUCUCCCUUGUAACUAUUCCCCAGGUCAUUGCUGCAAAUGAAAAUGCGUUGUCAGUCAACUUACUGGGUAAAAUAAAAAAAGAGAGGUAAGAUUACAAUACAUUGUGUGAAAUUGGUUGAUUUUUGAAAUUUCCAAAUUGCAAGGUCCUCCCAUUUGUGUUUGAUGACAAUGUGAUUCUGCUGUAUAAUGUUAUAAAUUUCAUAGUCAGUUGAACAGCAGAACUUGAAGUAAGCAAGCAGAGAGAGAGACUCUCAACUAUCUCACCUUCCCAGAGAUCUCUUUGGGCAAGAGAAAAUAAUCAAAAAGACUACAGGGAGACCUAAUACAAUUACCUCUCUGUAGUUUUUCGCACACACAAAUACAUGCAUACGCAUGCACAGAUUCAACCCAGAAUUCAUGUGUCCCAGACAACCACAAGCCAUUCGUCAUCUCUAGGGCUUGUUGAACUUUCCCAACUCUGUCACUAACCAAUCAACCGUGUCUUCAACAUAUGCACUGCCUUGUAAAUAACACCAAAUGCCCUGAUUUUUCAGGUCCCUAUUAGAUCCAUUGACUGCUUGUAAUCCCCAUGUCAAAACAAGAGUCCCUGUCUCAGACAAAGUCUCAGACCCAUUUGGGUUUCUUGUUUGGAUGCCAAUUUCCCUGUUAGGCCCUGCCAUUACACUGUUGCUGUUGUCCUCUGCUCCUCUCAGGGCUGUUGUGGAGAGAGAGAGGGGAUAGAGCAGGUUUAACUGUCAGCCACAAGGCAGUACUCUAGACUCUACCCGCCUGAGACACGGUCUCAGAGCCAGACAGACAGUCAGACAGUCAGACAGUCAGAGGAGAUUGUAAGUUGUCGAAACCUGCAUGAACUGUAGCAGCGGAGUCUUUCAAUCAGACACAGAUGUACACACAACCAAUCACACUUCACCCUGAGGGACCUGCCCCCGUUCCUGUCUGACUGUCUGUCUGGCUCUGAGACCGUGUCUCAGGCUUGCACCCAGGCACACACUCAUCAAAUCUUCUGGUCCUUAAAUCGGUUUGCCUGUCUUUAGGGCUGGAAACCGGAUAUCCUUUAUCACUUCCUUCCUAUAGGAUCCCCUAUUCAAUCAUCUGCGGGUUCUCUCAGAAUGUUUAUGUCAUGUUUUCUUUUCCAGUUCCUGGUGGCAUCGCCCCAGAGUCACUGACUUUCACCCCAUUGGACGAUUUGAUCUUUCUGAAGUGGGAGGAGCCUGUGGAGCCCAAUGGGGUCAUCACACAGUAUGAGGUAUGGAACAUGCCCUCAACUUUCCGGUCUGUCUACCUUUUUGCGAUCACAUAUCUAUCUCGAGCUCAAUCUUGAUCUCUAUCUUUCUCUUUUUUUUCCAGAUUAAUCAUUUUUGCUUAUUUUACUGAGAUUGAUCUCUAUCUGUCUCUAAUUUCCUUCAGCCUGACACAGACCAGUGUGUUGUUGUGUUGUUUUUUUGGGGAGGGGGGUAAAAAGAUACUCAUCACCAGGAAUUCAGCAAAAUAAUUGUUUAAUUUAGGAAUUCUGUUGAAAAAGUAUUCCCACAAAUAAAAUAAGAGACGUGAUUGUGUCUCAAUAUAAUCAAGGUAUGAAAUGAUUGUUAUUUUCAAAUACAAUCUCUUUUUGGGCUUAGUUGUGGUCAAUUGGCAGUGUACUAAUUAUUAUAAAUUAUGUUCCGGUCCCCCGACCCUCCGCUUCGACAAAAAUAGGCCCGCGGCUGAAUCUAGUUGCCUUCACGAACAGAUAGGACAAGCAUAAAGAUAAAUGGUACGCAGAGUCAUAGAUAGAGGGAAUGUAUCCCUCUAGUGUGAUAGGAGAGAGAUAGAGAGAUGAGAGGAGCUAGCAGAUACGAGGAUGAGUAUAUAUCUCGUAUCUAUAUGCUCUCAUCUCGGCGCUAGCUAUCUAUCGUCUCUCUCUCUCUCUCCUCCUCUCUCUCUCUCUCUCUCUCCAUAGUUCAGGCCUCUGUAUGUGUUCCUAUGCUAAUGAGGCUAGCAGAGCCUCUGACUGCAGCCCUGCAAUUAUAUAGCGACAAGCAGUAUAAUUAUUUAUUUGCCUAAGAGACGCUUUCACAUGGGGGCAAAUUAUUGAUGUACGUGUAUCACCCGCCACAGACCUCUGUAGCCAACUCUUAGAGCAUACAGAGAUUACUGUUUUCUGCCAAUAUUUUGCUAGAGAACUGUAACUAAUCUUCAAAAGCCUAGAUGAAGCUAUGGAUGCAAUAGGUCUGCCUGGUAGUCUGGCGUGUGUCUGUCUUUCUAUCCGGCAGUCAGGCAGGCUGCGGUGACACAGCUGAAUGAAUGAUAGGUGUCCAGACAGAGACCGGUCUGGGCCUGAGGAGUCUGCUCUGACAGAGAGAGAGAGUGUGUUGAAAAGGAAGGGACAUGUAAAUAGUGAGAUGGAGAGAUACUGAUAGAUAGAAUGAUGGAAUGAGGGAAAGGGAGGGAAGAAGCUGUUGGAAUAGAUAUUGAAGGUGAAAUGGAAAAGAGACAGAAGAUAUGGAGACAGGAAAGGGAAAGAUGCUGUAGGAAUAGUGAGAAGAUGAAGAUGAAUUUAGGCAGAGUGUGAAAGAGUGGAGGGAUGGAGGAGUGAGACUAGAUGGUUGAAUCAGGAGAGAGGAGAAUGAGAAACAGGAACGUGUCAGAGCUGCCUGGUGAGAGGAGAGAGAAGAGAGAGAGAAGAGAGAGGGGGAGGAGAGAGAGAGAGGGAAAGAAUAAAGAGAAGAGAGGUGAGAGGAACGAUAGAAGAGAGAGAAGAGAGAGGCACUGCAAACAGGAUCUCUGAGAAAGAAAAGGAGAGAGUGAAGCAGAAAAGAACAGCAGCAGAAAUGAUUGGGGUGUCUGUUGGUUGUCUGUGGUGACAGAGGAGACGUUCUGAGUGCUUCCUUCAGUAACACACGAUGACAACAGGAAUGAUCUCAUUUUGGGCUGCGUGGUGGAGUCACUGUGGGUGGGAGUGCAAGGCAGGCAGGCAGGCACAGGCACAGUCAGAGGCACAGUAACACCUUAUUUGUCGAAUCUCUGCUUGACUCCCAACAUUAAAACAACCCACAGGAAAACAUCUCUCUCCUCCUCCGACAACAAUAACAACACCUAUUGUAUGAUCUCAGGAAGCAGAAUCAAAUCUCGCCUUGAUUAAUUUAUGUUCACAAUUUGUCACCAGGGACUACUCAUUGUGAUUCUAUGGUUUGUGUUUUGUUCCCUGUUCCUAAAUCUGUUAUAACAGCAAUAGUCUUACAACACAGCAUUGUGAUCCUAUUUGUCUGUGUUUUGUUCCCGGUCUCCAGAUCAGUUACCAGGGCAUUGAGUCAUCCGACCCGGGUAUCAACGUACCGGGCCCUCGCCGUACUGUCUCCAAGCUGAGGAACGAGACAUACCACAUGUUCUCUGGCCUACACCCCGGCACCACCUACCUGGUGUCUGUUAGAGCUCGCACCACCAAAGGCUUCGGACAGACCGCCCUCACUGAGAUCACCACCAACAUCUCCGGUGAGGGUGUGUGGCAUGAGCGCUGAUCGACGCCUGAGGCUGGGGGCUGAGGCUGGGGGCUGAGGCUGUGGGCUGAGGCUGGGGGCUGGGGGCUGGGGGCUGAGGCUGGGGGCUGAGGCUGUGGGCUGAGGCUGGGGGCUGGGGCUGAGGCUGGGGGCUGAGGGCUGAGGCUGGGGGCUGAGGCUGGGGGCUGAGGCUGUGGGCUGAGGCUGGGGGCUGAGACUGGGGACUGAGGCUAGGGGCUGAAAUGGUGGCUGAGGCUGGGGGUUGAUGUUCGGGGCUGGGCUGGGCUGGGGGCUGAGGCUGAGGCUGGGCCUGGGGACUGGGACUGGGGGUAGACUAGAAGGGUUUGACUUGAUCACUUGUUCCUUGUUCUGUCCUGAGAGAUAGGACUGAGACUGGUGACCAGAUUCUGUGUAAGCAAAAAUGUGCUAGGUCAACACAAAGAUUUUGCUUAAAGCUUACUUAAUUUGUUGAUUAUUUUUCACUCUUUUUCACUGCAUCAGGAUAGCAUACAUAAUAUGGUUCCUGGGUCCUGUUCAAAGAAAAUAAGUUCCCUUCUCCCACACACCAAGCUUGCAAAGUAUCCCAUACUUAUUUUCAUACUGGUUUAAAUCAAAUCAAAUCAAAAUGUAUUGGUCGCAUACACAUAUUUAGUAGAUGUUAUUGCCGGUGUAGCAAAAUGCUUGUGUUCCUAGCUCCAACAGUAAAGUAGUAUCUAACAAUUCACAACAAUACACACAAUCUAAAAGUAAAGGAAUGGAAUUAAGAGAUAUAUCAAUAUUAGGAUGAGCAAUGUUGGAGUGGCAUUGACUUGAAUACAGUAUAUACAGAUUAAAUGAGUAAAACAGUAUGUAAACAUUAUUAAAGUGACCAGUGUUCCAUUAUUAAAGUGACCAGUGAUUCCAUGUCUAUGUAUAUAGGGUGGUAGCCGGCUAGUGACAGUGACUAAGUUCAGUGCAGGGUACUUGGUGUAGGCCGGUUAGUGAUGGCUAUUUAACAGUCUGAUGGCUUUGAGAUGGAAGCUGUUUUUCAGUCUCUCUGUCCCAGCUUUGAUCACCUGUACUUACCUUGCCGUCUGGAUGAUAGCGGGGUGAACAGGCAGUGGCUCGGGUGGUUUAUUUCCUUCCUGUGACAUCGGGUGCUGUAGGGGUCCUGGAGGGCAGGCAGUGUGUCCCAGGUGAUGCGUUGGGCAGAGCGCACCACCCUCUGGAGAGCCCUGCGGUUGCGGGCGGUGCAAUUGCCGUACCAGACGGUGAUACAGCCCGACAGGAUGCUCUCAAUUGUGCAUCUGUAAAAGUUUGUGAGGGUCUUAGGGGCCAAACCAUAUUUCUUCAGCCUCCUGAGGUUGAAGAGGUGCUAUUGUGCCUUCUUCACCACACUGUCUGUGUGGGUGGACCAUUUCAGAUUGUCAGUGGUGUACUUUUCACCUUCUCCACUGUGGUCCCGUUGAUGUGGAUGGGGGCGUGCUCCCUCUGCUGUCUCCUGAAGUCCAUGAUCAGCUCCUUCAUUUUGUUGACGUUGAAGGAGAGGUUAUUUUCCUGGCACCACUCCGCCAGGGCCCUCACCUCCUCCCUGUAGGCUGUCUCGUCAUUGUUGGUAAUCAGGUCUACUACUGUUGUGUCGUCUGCAAACUUGAUGAUUGAGUUGGAGGCAUGCGUGGCCACGCAGUCAUGGGUGAACAGGGAGUACAGGAGCACGCAUCCUUGUGGUGCCCCUGUGUUGAGGAUCAGCGUAGCUGAGAUGUUGUUUCCUAUCUUCACCACCUGGGGGGCAGCCCGUCAUGAAGUCCAGGACCCAGUUGCACAGGGUGGGGUUCAGACCAAGGGCCCCGAGCUUAAUGAUGAGCUUGGAGGGUACUAUGGUGUUGAAUGCUGAGCUGUAGUCAAUGAACAACAUUCUUACAUAGGUAUUCCUCUUGUCCAGAUGGGAUAGGGCAGUGUGCAGUGUGAAUGCGAUUGCAUCGUCUGUGGAUCUAUUGGGGCGGUAUGCAAAUGUAAGUGGGUCUAGGCUUGUCAGGUAAGGUGGAGGUGAUAUGAUCCUUAACUAGCCUCUCAAAGCACUUCAUGAUGACAGUAGUGAGUGCUAUGGGGCGAUAGUAAUUUAGUUCAUUUACCUUUGCUUUCUUGGGUACAGGAACAAUGGUGGACAUCUUGAAGCAAUUGGGGACAGCAGACUGGGAUAAGGAGAGAUUGAAUAUGUCCGUAAACACUCCAGCCAGCUGGUCUGCUCAUGUGAUGAGGAUGCGGCUAGGGAUGCCGUCUGGGCCGGCAGCCUUGGAAGGGUUAACGCGCUUAAAUGUCUUACAUCGGCCACGGAGAACGAGAGCCCACAGUCCUCAGUGGCACUCUGUCAUCCUCAAAGCGGGCGAAGAAGGUGUUUAGCUUGUCCGGGAGCAAGACGUCGGUGUCCGCGACAUGGCUGGUUUUCCCUUUGUUAUCCGUGAUUGUCUGGAGUCCAUGCCACAUACGUCUCGUGUCUGAGCCGUUGAAUUGCGACUCCACUUUGUCUCUGUACUAACGUUUUGCCUGUUUGAUUGCCUUACAGCGGGCAUAACUGCACUGUUUGUAUUUGACCAUAUUCCCAGUCACCUUGCUGUGGUUAAAUGUGGUGGUUCUCGCUUUCAGUUUUGCGCUAAUGCUGCCAUCUAUCCACGGUUUUUGAUUUGGGUAGGUUUUAAUAGUCACAGUGGGAACAACAUCUCCUAUACACUUCCUGAUGAACUCAGUCACCGUUAUUCUCAGAGGCAACUCGGAACAUAUCCCAGUCCGCGUGAUCAAAACAAUCUUGAAGCAUGGAUUCCGAUUGGUCCGACCAGCGUUGAAUAGACCUUAGCACAGGUGCUUUCUGUUUGAGUUUCUGUCUAUAGGAAGUGAGGACCAGAAUGGACUCAUGAUCUGAUUUGUCAUGCCCUCUACCAUGCCCUCUUAACCUUUUCACACUUGAGUUCCAAAUAUCUCUAACGGUCGCCUCAUCGUGAGUUGUUUUUUUACAUUUACAUUUUAGUCAUUUAGCAGACGCUCUUAACCAGAGCGACUUACAGGAGCAAUUAGGGUUAAGUGCCUUGCUCAAGGGCACAUUAACGUCAUUUAGCAGACGCUCUUAGCCAGAGCGACUCACAAAUUGGUGCGUUCACCCUAUAGCCAGUGGGAUAACCACUUUACAAUUUGGGGGGGGGGGGGGGGGGGGGGGUGCACAAUUUGGGGGGGGGGGUUUUAUGCACGUGAUGUCAGAAUGCACUCACUAUUCCAAAAUGUGAUUGUUACGCAACAGGACAGUUAACAUGCACUGCCUGCUAAUUAUCUAUAGGCUACGUUUCAACUUGUCAAUUUCAAAUUACUUUCUAACAAGUUGUAUUUUCUAACAACAGUUUGAAUUGAGGUGUGUUCAGCCUCAUUAUUCACAUAGAAGUAGCCAUUUCAGUGAGGCUUUACUGAGCUGGACAAACUUCUCUCUUCAAGGAGAGCCCAAACACUUCACCAAUGUUUCCGCAGAUCAAGUAUGCAGACAUUUGCACAGUCUUGCACGAAUUGGCACAUUUUCUGUCUGGCGCUCGCAUUGUCUUCCUUGUUAUUUUCCUUACAAAUAAUAACUUUGGACAUGUGUACUUUCCUAUCAAAGUAAGUGCCUUUUUUUCUGUACAUCGUGUUGUCGUUUCUACUAUAGCAUACAGUAUGUAUAUAUGUACAGUACCAGUCAAAAGUUUGGACACCUACUCAUUCAAGGGUUUUUCUUUAUUUUUACUAUUUUCUACAUUGAAGAAUAAUAGUGAAGAUAUCAAAACUCUGAAAUAACACAUAUGGAAUCAUGUAGUAAACAAAAAGGUGUUAAACAAAUCAAAAUAUAUUUUAUAUUUGAGAUUCUUCAAAGAGCCACCCUUUGCCUUGAUGGCAGCUUUGCACACUCUUGGCAUUCUCUCAACCAGCUUCACCUGGAAUGAUUUUCCAACAGUCUUGAAGGAGUUCCCACUUGUUGGCUGCUUUUCUUUCACUCUGCCGUCCGACUCAUCCCAAACCAUCUCAAUUGGGUUGAGGUCGGGAGAUUGUGGAGGCCAGGUCAUCUGAUGCAGUACUCCAUCACUCUUCUUCUUGGUAAAAUAGCCCUUACACAGCCUUGAGGUGUGUUGGGUCAUUGUCCUGUUGAAAAACAAAUGAUAGUCCCACUAAGCCCAAACCAGAUGGGAUGUUGUAUCGCUGCAGAAUGCUGCGGGAGCCAUGCUGGUUAAAUCACAGAGUGUCACCAGCAAAUCACCCCCACACCAUAACACCUCCUCCUCCAUGCUUUACGUGGGAACUACACAUGCGGAGAUAAACCGUUCACCAACACCGCGUCUCACAAAGAUACGGUGGUUGGAACCAAAAAUCUCCAAUUUGGACUCCAGACCAAAAGACAAAUUGUCACCGGUCUAAUGUCCAUUGCUCGUGUUUCUUGGCCCAAACAAGUCUCUUCUUCUUAUUGGUGUCCUUUAGUAGUGGUUUCUUUGCAGCAAUUCCACCAUGAAGGCCUGAUUCACACAGUCUCCUCUGAACGGUUGAUGUUGAGAUGUGUCUGUUACUUGAACUCUGUGAAGCAUUUAUUUGGGCUGCAAUCUGAGGUUCAGUUAACUCUAAUGAAUUUAUCCUCUGCAGCAGAGGUAACUCUGGGUCUUCCUUUCCUGUGGCGGUCCUCAUGAGAGCCAGUUUCAUCAUAGCGCUUGAUUGUUUUUGCGACUGCACUUGAAGAAACUUUAAAAUUCUUGACUGACCUUCAUGCCUUAAAGUAAUGAUGGACUGUUGUUUCUCUUUGCGUAUUUGAGCUGUUCUUGCCAUAAUAUGUACUUGGUCUUUUACCAAAUAGGGUUAUCUUCUGUACACCACCCCUAUCUUGUCACAACACAUGUGAUUGGCUCAAACGCAUUAAGAAGGAAAUAAAUUCCACAAAUUAACUUUUAACAAGGCACACCUGUUAAUUUAAAUGCAUUCCAGGUGAUUACCUCAUGAAGCUGGUUGAGAGAAUGCCAAGAGUGUGCAAAGCUGUCAUCAAGGCAAAGGGUGGCUACUUUGAAGAAUCUCAAAUCUCAAAUAUAUUUUGAUUUGUUUAACACUUUUUUAGUUACUACAUGAUUCCAUAUGUGUUAUUUCAUAGUUUUGAUGUCUUCACUAUUAUUCUACAAUGUAGAAAAUAGUACAAAAUAAAGACAAACCCUUGAAUGAGUCGGUGUGUCCAAACUUUUGACUGGUAGUGUAUAUGAGUACAUUUUAUAAUGAGGUUUAUAGGAGUACAUUGAUAUCCUAACAUAGUUUUCUGACCCAAAAUGAAAGACAACGCCAGGUAACAAUGUCCGCAACAACUAAGAUCACUGAAGCGCGAGGCUCAACUUCUCCGCUCUUUUGGUGCCCUGUGUACUACGCUGUACACAGCGUGAAUCAAACCCCUGCACAUGCGCAGAUAAUGUGUUUGACUGUGUGAGAGCGAAAUCUUGCAUUUUGCUCAUCUCAAUAUCUGUGGUGCUGCUCGUGGCAAAGUCUUUACGCUGAGUCUACCUUUAAUUUCAGAGGCUGUUGGUUUAGCUGAUUAUUAAUAAUCUUUCUUUACUAUGGAAGCUCAUGUUUUUUUGCCUGGCUGCUCCCUUGCUAAUUGUCUUCUAACGGUAAACAGAGAUGGGAACACAAUUGUGUGUGUGUGUUUGUGUUUGUGCAUGUGUUUGUGUGUGUGUGUGUGUGUAUGUUCCCUAGAGAUAGGAGCUCACCAUAGUAUUGUUGUUCCAGUCUACCGUCCUGUUCAUGGGGGGUGUGGCAGUGAGAUGUGUCCUAAUUACAGGGGAUUCUUAUCAUCCUUGUGAAUAACUAUGGGAAUGUCCUGCUUGAUGUCUAUUUGAAUAAGAGUUUUAUCUCACUUCCUGUGCUAUAUAUGAUUUUUUAUUGUUAUUUACUCUCUCAUUUUCUAGCUCUCUCUCUGUCUCUUAUUCUUUCACACACCCACACCCCCCUGCUCCACCUCUUUCUCUCCCCCUCUUUCCCCUCCCCUUCUCCAUCUAUACCCCCCCUCCCUCCUCCCUCCCCCUCUCCGCUCCCUCUCUCAGCCCCAGUGUUUGACUAUGAGGACAACCCAGCCCCACUCAGUGAGUCAGAGAGUACCAUCACUGUGCUGCUGAGACCAGCGCUGGGCAGAGGAGCACCAGUCAGGUACAGUAACCGUAUUAACCACAGUAAUAGACCUCACACAACUGUCUACCACUAGAUCACUGUACCACUCAUAAAAAUAGUGUUACGAAUAAACAUGUCAUUGGAAUUUUAUUUGUGUUUCUUAUUUUAUUUCACCUUUAUUUAAUCAGGAAGUGUCUUUGGUAACCUUAAAGGGGCAAUCGAUAGUUGAAACAACAAUAAAGCAUUCUCCUCACAACUGUUUCAGUAUAAAGCUUAGGGAUGGGCCUGGACAAAUUUAAACGCUCUCAAAUUCAUAGACGGGGCUAUGGAUGCAAGGACUGACCAUCCAAGAUAUCAAAAUUAUAGUCUUAGCCAUGUUUUGAGGCUAUACAUUGUUUGUUUACAUUUACUUUGAUUACAAACAUUGUCAUAAAACACGCUUAUAUUUUGGAUUCUGAGGGUGUACGACAGUUCAUGAGGCCUUUAUAAGUUAUAUUCUUCAAGAAUCAGUGAGUACAUAUAACUAAUUUACUAGUCCAAAAAUGGAUUUAACAACUGCAAAUUGCCUCUUUAAGAUGUCCAACUGUUUCCAGCUUAGUUAUCACCUAUAAGUCUGUUGUCAUCCUUCUCCCCCCAGUACAUACCAGGUGGUGGUAUUAGAAGAGGACGGUUCUAGGCGGGUCAGGAGGAGGAGGGAGCUGGGUAGCGGGUCAGACUGUUUCCCUGUGCCAGCGUCCCAGGUGGAGGCCCAGUCUAAGGGGACGCCUCACUACUACACGGCUGAGCUGCCCCCCUCCAGUCUCCCUAAGGCCACUCCAUUCACAGUAGGGGACAACCACACCUAUAACGGCUACUGGAACACUCCCCUGGACCCCUCCAAGAACUACCUAGUCUUCUUCCAGGCUACAAGCUACUUCAGAGGGGUGAGUUUAUAGACCUGUCAGUAAAGCCAGAGUCAAGUCUGGAGUCUUUUCCAAACAUACCAUAGGAGUAGGCAAGAUAGCAUAAACAGAUCAGGGGACUAGACUAAGCUACAGUACUUUGGGACAAAUCAAGUGUUAUUGAAUUGAGAAGGUAACACUGUGCAGGGCUGGUUGUAGGAGAGAGGAUCUUCAGCUCUGAACCUCAGGGUGUUUUGGCCCAUCUCUCUCUCUCUCUCUUUCUCUCUCUCUCUCUCUCUCUCUCUCUCUCUCUCUCUCUCUCUCUCUCUCUCUCUCUCCCGCUCUCCCUCCCUCCCUCCCUCCCUCCCUCCCUCCCUCUCUCUCUCUUUCAUUCUCUCUUCCCUUAUCUCUUCCCUUCUCUCUCUGCCUGUCCCCUCAGAGCCUGCUGACAGAAAGGAAAGUCUGCCUAGAGGAAAGUCUGAAA